AUGCUGAUGUUGUUGGGAAAGUGCAAUGUAGUGCCAACCGCCAUUGGAAUAAAUAUAACUGUGGGAAUACAGGUAAGCUGUCUUACACUUGCACAUACCUUAACACUCUGUGGUCAAAGUGUCUGUGUCCUCAUUAGUGAAGGAAUUUAUCCACCUUUUUGUUUGUUGUAACUGCCAGGUUAGCAUGGCUAGCACGAGCGUAGCUAGCUGGCUAUAUACAGUAAUGGCCUGUAUGAAAGCUUCUCCCAGCGACGGCCUGUCAGCGGGUUUCUUCAACCUAUUCUGUUGGAUACCUCUCCACAGCAUUUUACCUUUAUCAAUUACAGUGUGUGUAGAUACUCCGCCUCGUAGACACAAUACAGUUUGGCAUUAUUUUCGGACUUUGACUCGAUUACUGAUGUGUAGCUAUCUCAGCUAACGUUAUAGGGAGGUUGGUAAAAAGCUAACGUUAUAAACUGGGACAAUAAGUUGACAGUAGAGCUAGCUGCAACUGUGCACGCCCAUCGUUAUCAAGCAAAACUUGUACCUUAUAAUCGUUUAAGAUGCAAGGACGUUCAAAGUGUGCCAUGGCCUACAUUAAGCUUUUUAGACUGCAUUAACAUGUAGCAUGCAAACAUGCAUCCAGAUAAGUAGGUGAACCCGCUGCGAUAAGAAAGCCUAUUAAUCCAUGCUAUCAGUGUAUCCCUGCGUUAACGAGGGUUACACAUCUGCUCCUUAAAUGUAACACGCAGUGUAUAUGUGAUUGGAGUAUGGCUUUGAGAUCCUGUGCUGAAAGUUAGUGGGAGUCUGAAAGGCUUUGAUGGGAGGUAAAUAUAUAAAAAUAAUACAGGUCAUCUUUCACUGUGUGUAUGAAAAGUAUUUGAUCACUGAUAGAGAUUGAUAGAGAUCCUUUGACUGGGCGAUUAUAUGAUCGGGAUAAAUUUCAAUCCGAUCACGGUGAUCGGCUGUGAGUUUAUUUACUCGAUCAAACCUAGCGAAAACGUGCAUCACAACAGCCAAUCAGAGUCGAGCUUUUUCUUGCUCACUUCUGUAAGUUGCUGGACAAGUAACCUACCUAAAGUAACAAGUAACCCUACCUCAUGAAGCAUUUUGAGAAAACAGCAAAAGUUUGCAGCGCUAUCAAAAAAGCAAAGGGUGGCUACUUUGAAGAAUCCAAAAUAUAAAACAUGUUUUCUUUUAUUUCACACUUUUUUUAAAGCACAUGAUUCCACGUGUUCCUUCAUAGUUUUGAUGCCUUCACUGAGAAUCUACAAUUUAAAACUUUUGGCCUGUACUAAUAUAUAUUUAUAUAUAUAUAUAUAUAUAUAUAUAUAUUUAUAAACAUUUUUAAAAAUGUUUUCAGAUAGAUCGUUUGAAAACAUUCGUAAUAACCAUGUAAAGGUGUAAGUAUGGACAUCACAGAAGCAGUGUGAAGUGAGACGUAUUUGUUUAUUACAAUAAAUAAACAUGACAUCGUUAUACAUCAGCUGACUUUGACAGCUGGGCGCUCUGGCGGUAUUGCGCAACACUAGCAAGAAUGCAUCGUCUCAAAUGUGUUAACAGCCGUUUGUGUUCUCAUCAACUUGGCAAGAACCUUCUCACAAGAACAAGUUGCAAGAAUAUUCUCUCAAGGCCACAAGAAUGUUCUUUGCGUUCUUGUGUAUUGAGAUUUGCCCAGAGUAACCGAACGUGGAGCUGAGGGCAGUAAAAUAGAUGUUAGCUAUGACUUUGAGUCAUCCUCCAAAGAUGUUAUUGUUGAGAAGAAAAGUUAUUUAACGUCUUGUUUAGUAUUUAUCUGUUUAUUUUUUAGUUUGAAGUACAGAUGCUUUAAAACUGGCAGUUAAAAAAAAAAUCGUGAUCAUAAUCGAGAUUGGACGAUAUGCCAAAGUAUCAUCUUUUUGGCCAAAUCGCCCAGUCCUAGUUCAAACCAUUCAUACUGCUGUGGAUCAACCAUUCAGUUUCUUGAUUGUAGUUCUGUUAUUGUCACAUGAUGAGGGAGGGACCAGCAGGGAUUGUUUGGAGAAGUGUCUUGAUGACCUGCACAGAUAUACUUCUGACACACUUUAUACUUAAAAAAAGGUUGAAAGACACUGGUGUAAUACAUCAAGGCAGUUGUUCAAAUAUAUGAAUACCAAUUUAGCAGUGCAUUUUCUUUUUCUCUAGAGCUCUGCGCUCACAUAUUCUUCCCUGUUAAUAUUUUAAUAAUUAAAAUACACCCCGAGUUGUAAGCUGUAAUUCUUUCACUAUAAUCUUAGUGAGUCACUUAUAGGAUAGAAAACUUACUGUUGUUCAUUCACUGCCUGAGGCUACUGGUAUUUCCAGUAAUAGGACUGUUUACAGCAAAAGAUCAUGUUAGUUGGAUUACUUCCCAGUAGUGGAAAACGUGCAAUAAGCGAAAUGUGCCAACCGUCACUUUGCUUAACCCAGCUCUUUGUUCCUGUUCUGUUUCCUGAAACUCAAGCUUUAGUUUAAGGAAAUCCUCAUGCAGGUAUGGCUGAUGACACACAUGCUGAAAAACACACUGCCCUGAUUUGUGAACAUGCAAAUAUUAGCUGUAUUAACAACAAUCAAUGUGUGUUCAAAGGGAGAGGAAAGGUCAGUGUUUUAUCAAAUAUUUUCCAUGAAUUUUCAAGCAAACAUAUAACCAGUAUGAUCUCUCUAGUUUAGUAUGAUUACACAAAAACACACAGCAGUCUGACGAUUUGUAUGAUCUUUGAGGAACACAACUAAGUUAUACACAAGAAAAAGAGUGCACUCUAGGGCUGGGCGAUAUGGCCUCAAAUCAAUAUCACGAUGUAUUAAGCAGUUCACCUCGAUAACGAUAAAUGGACGAUAACUACUCCACAAGCUGCUCAUCCCCUCCCACAUUAACUUCGUCUACUUCAGCCGCCACUCCAGCCACUGCGACUUUUGAACCCUCCUCCAUCUGCUCACCUGUCUUUCCCUCUUUGUUACGGACAGGAUGGGGUGGAGUCACGUCUCUGAUGUAGGACAGCGUCUUAAAGGGACAUGAGACCAAAGACUACCUACACACAUCCAAAACCAACUUUUAUUUAUUAAUUUUUGACACCGAAUAUACCGAUAUAGGCAAAGUGACGUUGAUUAUUGUCGUAAAUUUCGGUAUUGGUAAAUUUUCGGUUUAUCGUCCAGCCCUAGUGCACGCUGUUACUUAUUUGUAUGUUAUCAAAAGUAACACGAUUAAAACAACUACCAAUGUUAAAUUAAAUACAACUGCUGAACUCCAAAUGCAGCCUCUCAAUGCAGAACUUAUAACCACAUAUACAGGAGAGAUUUAUCCUUCUCACACAGACGCAAAGACAUCAUAAUGCCAAACGCUCCUUCUCUUUAGAUUCACAUUCCACACAUUUCCUCCUAAUGUGUCCCCCCCUGUGGUCUUCCUUUUAUAGCUCCAUCUGUAACUGCGUUUGAAUUGAACCCCGGAUGUUCUGAAAUCCUAACAACGCCCCUUUGAUGCACCUGUUAUUCAGUGGGGGCUGGUGCAGACUGAGCGGUGGGGAGGGGUCCAGCUUCAGCAAUGGUGUAUCACUGUGGCAUUUCAGUUAGUGUUGAAGAAAAGGAGGCUGAAUUGGAUUUAAAAAACUUUCUAUGAUACUCAGUCACAUUUGUAAAAACUCUUCUCAUACGGCUAACAUAAUGCUUGUUACAGAUUUAACUUCAAAAAGUUGAACUCUUCUUUGAUAGUUAAUCUCCGCCUCAGAGCAGUUCUUUGGAUAAAUAACGAAUGUUUCAGUAAUUAAUUAGACCAAGAUUAGUCUCGACUCCACUCCUGAUCAGUUAUUAGUGCUGUUUAUUAGAAGGUACAUUCCUAAAUAUGCAAGAAAUCUUACUCCUACCUUGAGGCCUUAAUUAUCACCAUAAAGUAACAGACUAGAUUACUACCUUGCAUGUUUUUUGGCUGUGGUCAUGUCUUGUGUUUCUUGUGUAAAAAUUAUUUCCCCCUAAUUUUUUUCUGGGAGAAAAAAAACGGUUACAUAAUAUCCCUUGACUUCACUUUUCUUUUAAUAGCAUACCAAGCAAGUGACUGUGAUACUCGCAUCGUGACCUUUUGAACUGUUUGUGGUGGAGCGAGUGCUUCCUAAAGUUACAGGUGUCGAGUGUUCUUCAAAGUUAAAGACGGGUCUGUGGUUUUUUACGUGACUGAAGUUGUCAUAAGGGAUAGUUUUGUUGCUUAGUGUUGGACACGCAGAGGUUUCAUUCAUGGGAAGUAACAGGAAGUGUUGGGCUGAGACGACUUCUGGACUCUCACACAGCACAAAUAAGAUGUAAAUUAGGUUAUGCAUGCAUGCAUGUGUCUUUCUCUUUUUUGGUUUUACAGUUCAUGCUAUAAAGAGCUCCUCUUCUGUUCCUUUUUAUGGACUGCACUCUGUGGCUCACCCCCUCAUAAUUCAGCCCUCUCUGUAUUUCAGUCUCCUUUUCUUCUCUGCCUCUCCUUUUCUUCCUGCUAUCUCUGCCUGACUGAAAUCACUGCUGUGAGGCGAGUCAGCGAGAGAGGGACUGUGUUGCAAGCCUGAAUGCUCUCUGCCUGUGUCUGGCUGUGUCUUCCUCUCCCUUGUGAGGUGCACGCAGGGCCCAGCUGGCAGCCCAGAACAGCCCGUUCAGCUGGAGAGUAGUAGAGAGAGGAAAAAAAAGGAAAAGGGAAAAGAUAGGCACAUAUUCACUCACAGACUUAUGUGAGGUAAGCUUGUCUAAAUAUAUUUUAACCCAUUUUGAUAAACAGCUAAGUGAGUAAAAGAGGGAGAUGGAGAGAGCAUUACAGGUGAACAAAAAUGGAGGAUGAGAAGUGGAAGGCAUGGGUAUAACGUUCAAAUAGGGCUGGGUGAUAUAGGAAAAAGUUUAUCAUGAUAUAUUUUUUUGGUCGAUAUCGAUAUCAUGAUUUGAAAAAUGAAAUUUAACAGUGCUUAUUGGUAGCAUGUCUUUUGCAAUACAAUAAGCUACUGCAUCUGUGAGGUUUUUGUGUCUCCUUCACGUUUUGUCGUAAGGCGUUGCGCUAGAGAAAGCAGACUGAGGCGCCAUGAGCUCCUUGCUCUGCUUGGGAUUUGUAACCUUUUGAAUUGCGUGUGUUCUGCCGUGUGGCACUGCUCCAAAUGAUUCAAGGUCUUCCCUGACUUUGCGAGAACAUGUACUUGACAUAAUUUGCAGAGCACAUUUUACUCUGCUUCAUGUCUGACCUCAAAAAAACAAAAUACCUCCACACCACCAACGUUUUCUUGCCAGUAAUGUCGCCGAUGUCAUCAACUGUUGAGCCUUAAUCUGCAUUUCUGCCGAGGGUAGCACUCAUUUUCUUCUUUUCUCACCGACAGUGCUGUCGGCCUCAUGUGUUACAGUGCUAUGGUUGUGUGGAGCUCAGAGGAUGACAUUUUUCGGGAAUUCUUGUGGGUCACGUGAGUCCCUUGGGAAUCCCACGGGAUGGGAGUCAUUUUUUAUUUAAUCCCGUGAUCAGGACGGGAAGGGGAAAAAAAAGCAACGGGAUUGGUUAGGAGCGGGAACAACAUUAAUAGAUGAUCAUUUUCAGUCGCGUUAAACAACCAGAUGAACAGAUGCGUCCAUUUUUGUAGUCAUCUCUCAGUGAGAGCCAACACUCUUGACCGCGCUAGCAACACAAAAGAACUACGACAGUGGUUUGACUUCCUGUCACCACUGGAAGUGAAAAGCGACUCGAAGCAGCUGCCGGUGUUGCCGGGAGCGACUGCCGCUACGACUUGGCUGCCACUUUUACCUAAAAUGUUUUAUUUUUUUAUGCAUAUUAUGCACUGCCCUUUUACCUAAAAUAAAAAAAAUGCAAAGUUUUUUUACCAUGUUUGGUUUUAUUCAAAUGGGUGCAGGACAGGAGUGGGAGUAAUUUUGAGUGGGAGCGGGAUAGGACUGGGAGUAAUUCUAUGGAGUCAUUUUUUACUCUGGUCCGGGAUUUUUUCUCUGGGAGUGGGACGCUCACGGAGUGAAAAUCCGCUCCCGUGUCAUGCUCUAGUGUAGCUGCAGCCUCACUGCGUAGUUGUUUGCUACUUGGUUUUAAUUCAGCACAUGAUUGGUUCAGCACGAAGCAGACCCGGAGCAACUCCCCUGUUCAUUGGCUAUUUGUAUAGUCUACCAAAACAUGGCAGAAUGCAGACUAUCGAAAAGCAUAUUGACCACGUUUUAUACUGAUAUUGAGGGAAAUUUUUUUUUAAUAUAUAUUGUUAUUGUUUUAUCGCCCAGCCCUACGUUUAAAUUGUUUUUAGUGAUGCCAGUCAGUCUUUUCUAAUUCACUAGACCUAUUACAGAACACUGCUGCCACUACAUAGGCAUUGUGCCAUAUCUUCAGUGAAAAAUGACAAAUUCUGUACCAUUACUUAACUCUCACAAAGUGAAGUAACGGUUUCAUCAGAUAUGUUAACUUCUGCCUAGGUGUGCUGCUGUUUGUGUGACACAUUAUGUGCACACAAUGACAGUCUACAUACGCCAACAAAAGAGUAACAAUAAGGUUUAGGUAUAGAUACUGGAGUUUGAGCAUUUUAAAAAAUCCACUGUAGUGUAACUCCAUAAAUAGUGUUCCUGAAGGAAACACCUGUAAAAAAAAAAGGACAAGGGCAGGAAACAAUUUGAACACUUUCUGUGAGAAGUAAGAGAGCACAUGAGAAGAAAAAUAUUUGCCUGAGUAUCACUCUUUUGGCCAGAGGGGGUUUGGAAUAAAAACACUGUGGAUGACAGGGCCUUGUUGUCAUGGUGACAGAAACAACAGCUCCCUAUCAGAGGGGCCUGCUUCCUGCUUUCUCUCCUUCUCCUCAUCACCCUUCGUCUCUUUUUCCCAGCUCCUUCACAUGCUGGUUUCUUUUAAGUCUUCAUGAAAAGGAAAAACUGUCAAGAAAUGAGAAGAAGGGUGUGGCUGGAGGAGAAAAAAGGAGAUGUACUCUACUACAGGAUUUGUCUACAGAAUAUAUUUCAGUGCAUCUCAAACCGUGUCAGUAUUCUCGCACAAGCUUCAUAAAUCCCUGCCAGUGUAAACAUUUUGGAGCCUUUUGAGCAUGUAGGUGGAAGAUGCUGUUGCUAAUUCCGUCACAAUCAGUCACAUGGCCGUCAGUGGAUUGUGUGUGUGUGUUGUUGGCAGUAUAACAAAGCACUGUAAAGGUUGAUGAAGAACAGCGUAGCGUAGCAGGAGCUGGCAGAGGGCUGUUGUUGAGGCAGCAGCGGAAAGCAGGGUGACAAGGCUUCCAUUAUAUGCCUGUUAGAGCCUCCAGCUAGUCAAAAGACAGAGUCAGAGAGAUGUGUGUUUGUGUCUGUGUUGGUGAGUCCUUAUCCUGUUCAAAAAUGGCUGCUUUUGUGUGUGUAUGUCUGCGAGGUAUGUGUGCUCCAUCAUGAAACAGUACUUUCUUUUUUUGCUUUUAGCAUGUGUGUGACGAGGCUCCACUGCAAAGCCUGAUUAGUAGAGAAACAGGAAUAACUGGAGCCGAUUAUUUUUUGUCUCCUGCAGAAAACAACUAGCUGUAAAGUCUUUUAAUUACAUGGAGCUGACACUGGCUCUGAAAACAGGUGUGACGAUGCGAUGGUGCUCUUUGAUUUGUGUACCUCUGUUUUGAUUGAAGCCUGGAUUGUCAUAAACUGAGUCUCAGCAUCUUCUUAUUUUGAUCCAGUUGUGACUAUAUUUUGGCAAUAAGUUGGAUAUGUCAGGGCUCGACACUAACUUUUUUCACAAGUUCAAGUUGAAAAAGUGAGGAGCACACAAAGAACUUUAGGGGCACAAUGAAAAUUGAUCAAAUAAUAUGCGUCUUAUUGGUCAACAUUAGUACUAUUAUUUGAAAUCAGUUUUAUGUCAAUUGGUCACAUGACUUAGAAGCUAUUGAAGGAUAGGUUUAAAAUUUGCCUUUAAAUUUAACAGAAAAUUUUAGAAGACAAAUUAGGGAAAUAAAGAGGUGUGUCUAUUGUCCAACCUUAGUACUAUUAUUUGAAAUCAAUUUUAGGUCAAUUGGUCACAUGACAUGGAAGCUAUUGAAUACUUUCUGUGAGAAGUAACAUCAACCGCUAAUUUAUUGAUGGUCCCUUAUUCAACACCCGACGUUGACAGCAAGGAUGCCGAGUCGAUUUAACUGCACUGCUGUUGCUAUUACGGGUUAUGGAGAGCGAGAAGACACCGGUAGAUCUGCAGUGAAUGUCCGUCGGAUAUCCAACCUAAAACUGACUUCACCGCGUUAUUUACAUCUGACUAUUUACACAUCUAUUUGUAUCGCAAAUGCUAGUGAAACGGUCGCACUAUUAAGCCCUGUAUGUACUGUUCUAUCUAAGAGAUGGUAGGAACUUAGCAUGACCAAAAGCAUACCUGGCUAGUUGCGUAUCCUGCAUUGAGUAGUAGGGGUGUCCCGAUACAACUUUUUAACCUCCGAUACGAUACUGAUGCUGAAGCCUUCAAUAUUAGCCGAUACCAAUCUUGAUACGAUAUUUGCACAAACUUUUGCAUGACAAGUUUUGCACGAAGCUGCAACGUUUUUUUCGGACUUUCAUGAAAAAUACUGCCACAGGGCCGACAUCAUUCUUACUCCUUGGUACUUUGUUAGAACCUUAGUACACACUGUGGUUGUGAUUACAUGCUGGAUCUGGGCACUGCUAGAUAGAGGUGCCGGAGUGGAGUCUGGAAUGAACUGCCUGUAUCGGAGUGCUGAUAUCGGAGAUUUUUGAUUUGGGCGGAUAUAAUCUGAUAUUCAAAUUCUUGCUAAUUUCGGACUGAUAUUCAAAUUCUUGCUGAUAUCGGACCGAUAUCCAAUAUCAAUAUCGUAUUGGGACAUCCCUAUUGAGUGGGACCAUGCCCCUCAAAAGAAACAUCUACUAUAGAGAACAUGAAAACUUGUGAAUAAGAAAAAAAAAGUUGUAUGUAGGGUAUCAUGAAAAGAAAUAAGAUUGUUGAAAAACUUGAUUGUGAUUGGUCAAAACCUCUGUGGCAAAAAUGACAAAACAAAUGACCACAACAUGAAAAAAAAAAACCUCCAGUGUUCAUCAACACUCAGUCUGAGGCAAAAGGGAGUAGACUAAUCACUCAUGAGACAAACGUGCUAAAAAUAGAAAGCAGCUCCCUUUGGGCCAAGAGUAAACAUCUGCAACGUCUGCUCAUGAUUACAAACCUGAAGAUAAGAAGGAUCUGGGGAGUGAUGCGAAUGUUCCUCUUAGAUUGCCACAGAGUUAGAUGAUCUUUUUUCUUUAACUUGUGAAUUUAAUAUUUAUCAACUAUAGACUUACUGUUUUAAAAUGUCCCUCUGUUCACUGGUUUCAGUCUAAAUUCUCAAUUUUUAAAACUGAACAGUAUUUAAGGCUGCUUUAUGCUUUACAGCUGAUGUGAUAAAUCAUAGCACCUUAUGAUCACACUGUUUUUGCAAUACAGGAGAAAAAUUACACCCCAAAGUGACAAGAGAAGAAGGCAAAGCUGUCUUUAUAACAUUCAUAUCAGUAGUAAUUUUAAAAAGCCUUUCACACAGGAGCAGCCAUGUCUAUUGAGGUUCAUUCUGGGUUUGUAAAACAAUGUUAUCAUUAGUUACACAUGUUAUUAACUGCUGUGACCUUUCCACUGUAGACCUUUUUUCUCAUUUCGCUCUCAUUAAGGGCGAGGACAAUGCCUAUUUGAGAGCUUUAAUGGCUAAAAGAAUAAAAUGUUAUUUGGGGUGAUAAGGCUGGCGUUGAGAAGAAAAGAGUUGUAAAAAAUAUGAAAAGGAGAGGGAGGAGGGAGGAUGAAAAGAGAGUGGAGGGGGGUGAGGACAGAAAUAGCUUGUUUUGGUCCUUUCCUGAACCUCUGCCAGAACCUUCUGUUGCUCCUUUCUUCCUUUGUAACGCACACUGGCACCUCGCUUUCUUCACCCUAACAAUGGAGGUUUGCCUUUUUUUGCCUGCAGAACUUCACGUCUUCAAUCCCUCCCCGUUUUGCCACAUAUCAAGGUUCGAUUUCAGAUUGUUAGAGCAAGAUUGAAACUAAAAAACAGGUCUUUUUCCUGAUUUCCUGGUCCCAAUUAAAAAUGUACCACCUCUCUUCAAGUCUUGAUCUCAUCCUCACUGUCUUUGAUUAAUGACAAUUUUGAGAUGACUAAACAUUUUGCAUUUGAUGCUGUCACUGCUGCCAUUUCUUAUUUUGAUCAUUUCAUUGAUAAAAGGAGCUGGAGUGAAAGAUGGAGAGAUGGAUGAAGUGAAAGUGUUGAGCAGUGUUUCCCUCUAGAUCCCAGCUCUGGUUCUUUGUGGUUGUGGCAGCAGGCCUGCAGUACAGUCAUGCAGAAAGGACCGCACGCCAUGUAAUAAGCAGAUUCAGCACAUCUUUUGUUGUGUGUAUGUAGGUGAUAUGUAUUAGGUGUAGUUGUGUGUUGGUGGAGAACCCCAAUGAAGCCUUGAAACGUCAAAUAAGUUAGAUGAUUGUUUUUUAGUCUGAUAUCAGCCUGAGAAGUUUGUUCUUGAAUCCUCACUUGCAUGUUUCCUUUUCAAAAUGACACUUGCAUCACCAUGGCCUUGCAUUGCAUCAAGUUAUUUUGCAAAUAUAUGUACUUUAUUCUGCUGAGACAGAAGUAUUAGCUCAACUGACCCACAGAUUGUCCUUUCCUGUAUUCUCUUCUUCAUUGCAGACUUCACUUUCACUUAACUAAGCUUUUUGUUUGACCUUUCUUUUGCACCCUCUUUUUUCUCUUUUUAUGCACCCACACACUUUCCUCUAGGUGUUUUAUUGACCUCUUAGAGGUAAUAAAGGAUACCUCAGCAUUUUCUUUACAGUGAGUUUUCCAAGAUGGGUGAAAAAAGCCACAUUUCUGGUUGCCUUAAAAGAUGCUUUUCAUGACUUUCAUCACAUCAUGACUGUUUUCUGCUUCUUUUCUUUAUUUACUUUUCUUUUUCCAGGUGAUUUUGCUCAUCAUCUCCCACCACUUCCUCCUCCCGUCUUCCAUUCAUGAGCAGCGUGGCUGAGUUUAAACAGCGGCAGCCAUGGAUGACAAGGGCUCGGUGGGGAAGAUUAGCGUGUCUUCGGACUCAGUGUCCACUCUCAACAGUGAGGACUUUGUCCUUGUGUCCCGGCUGGGGGACGAGACACCCUCCUCCACUAAUAAUGGUAGUGAUGACGAAAAGACAGGACUGAAGGUAAGGAUGGUUGGGUGUAGGUAUGGACGGAGGCACGAGGCAGACUUCAGAGCUGCACUGAUCACAUUAGAUAUUAGCUGUUGGGUAUGACCUGUCUCCUCACAGUUCCUUGGAAAAAGCCCACAUGGGCGUAGUAAGAGAGAUACUUCUCAAUUCAAACAUGAUGAGUGUGCUCAUAACGGAUAACCCCAAACUAGAAAACAAUCCUUAUUUUCCAUUAGCUUAUAACUAACGCUUUACAGACUUAAUGUUGAACUCCCUAUUUGUCUGUUAGAACUGAUUUAAGAGAUCACAGCAUCAUUUACCGAAACAUCUUGACACACAUCUCAUCUCUUUCCAUUUGUAGUGAACGUUGUGCCUGAACUGUUCUUCUGUGUUGAAUCUACAUGCACUAAAGGCAGUGGCUUUGAAGUUGGCCGUUUAAUGAUAGUGUAGUUUAUCCUCGGUGGUUGACCAUCAUUGAUCAUGGACCGUUAAUGACUAAGUGUAGCUUGAAUGAUCUUGGACUCACCCUGUUUGUCACUUCAUUUCUAAAGAUCAGAGACACGUCACCUAUAUAUGCCAACAUGGGUCUAAAGUCUAACUUUGUAAUCUGUGAGAAAGAGAAAUUGAAAGUCUGUUUUCUGCUCAUAGUAAGUUAUAAGUUCCAGCCAAGCUUAGCUCCUAAUACCACCACUGAUGAUUAGGUAGGCAUCGCCACACAGACUGCUGCAGUUACGUUUGGGUGACUGUUAUGUGAUGAAGACACUGUCCAAUCCAAUCCAAUCUGCUUUAUUUAUAUCACACAUUUUUAAAGAACAUAAACACUAUACAUAAAGCUUUCCUGUAAGAGCUCUUACAACCUACAAAAGAGGAUUAGGUUCACAUGAAGAAAAAAGAAAAAUAAGGAAGAAGAUUCAAGUCAAAAUUUUGAGAUUAAAAAUCAAAAAUAUGUCAAUAAAGUCAAAAUUUUGUGUUUAAAAUUGAAAUUUCGAGAUUAAAGUUGAAAUUUUGAGAUUACAAAAUGUCGAGAUUAAAAAUUGAAAUUUUGAGAUUAAAGUUGAAAUUUCGAGAUUUCGAAAUUUUGAGAUUGAAGUCAACAUGAAUAAAGUCAAAAUUUCGACUUUUUAAAUUCUGACUUUUAUCUUGAAAUUUCGACUUCAAUCUCGGAAAUGGAAAUUAAAAAAAUAUAUAUUUUUCUCUAUUUGUGGACCUAAUCCUCUUUCAUAUACAACCUGCUGAGUUUGAAACAGCAGCAAAAAUUUAUUCAAAUUAUACACUUACCCGUUAUACCAUCUAGUGGCCAAUCUAAUACAGCAGCUUUACCACGAACUCAACUGUUAGGAAGCUUCUAUAUAUUCAGUCUUGAUCAGGUGAUCACGUGAUUAUCGUACACACAAGGCGUAGUAUGAGGUGUUGAUGUGCUGGAGUGUGUUAAACUGAAAAGUUUUCCUUAUAUUUUUGUCAAUGUCAUUAAGAACACGAAGGGAGCGAAAUAUAAGGAACACCUGCCAGUUUAACACACCACAGUACAUCACCAUCCAGUUUGCUUGCAUUAGAUAGCGCAAGUUUACAUAGCAUUAUAGCUGGACCAGUAUGUGGUUCAGUUCUGAAUCUGAGUUAACCCCCUCACUACAUGAUUAGUUAUGUUAGUUACCAUUCUUUUGGGUUCACAAAGACGCUGGAUCAACCUCAACUCAAACCCUAACUAGCGUACAGUCUCUGUAACAGCCAAGUGGAGUAGACCCACACGCACAAAUGUGAGUGCUCACAACGUCAUUGAUCCUUAUUUAGGUUUGGUGUCGAUUCAACGCACAAGUAAAUCAGGCUUGACUUGUUUUAAUGACAGGUCAGGGGUCUCGGUCUAUACAUACUCCAUUGUUAACGGUUGUGUUCAUCACUCACAUGCUACGUCUCACACUAACCAUACGGCUAACCAUUUCUUAUUUACCUUUUCCCCCCAUUCUCUGUCUCUCCUCUUCUCAUCUGUGGUCUUCGUAUACUGUGUGGUAGUCAUUUGUCACUUCUCACUAACGCUCAGGAAGCUUUUAAAUCUUGACAGGAUUUGAAGUGGAAGUUGUCCCGACUUCACGGCCCGUAAAGAAUGAUGUUUUUUUGUAACAUGAGUAGAAAGGUAAGGUGGAAAAGAAGGAAAAAACAAAACAAAAUGAAUGAGCUGUAAGAUAAGUGAGCUUGUAUAUAUAUUUUCACCAGUUUUUAAUGACAUGUCAGCAGCUGUGGUGCUUUCGAGAUAGUGGGUAGUUUACUGACACACAGAGUGUCCUCUGCAGUUUGUGUCAGGGCUACACUUCGCACUCAGUCAGCAGAUAUUGGUUUGCAAACAGUGUGGUGCGGGUGCUUUAAACUCACUGUCAGGAAAAGGAUUGGUGUCCAUGACCUGGGUGUGUCUCCACAAGGACAAUCAAGACUUUCUGAGGACAAAAAAAUACAGCCAUCAAACUAGUCAUUUCCUCUCCUCCUUCCAUUUCCCUUCUCAUCCCUUUUCCUUUUCAUUGAAUACACUAAAGUGCUGGCUGUCUUGUGUCCCUAAGUUUACAUCAUCGCUCUCAGUUUGUUUCUAUCUGUUGCUGUAAUGCUGCAAGAUUACCAGCAGAUGGCACCAGAAGAUCACAGAAGUUGCCUUUUCAGUUGCUAGGAAGAUGCCUUUUUUUCUCUCGUGUUUGGAGAGUUCAUGUUUGUUUUGACGGAGAGCUGAGUUGAGGUCUGAGCUGUCUCUCUGCUAUCAGACGUCGCUGUUGUAAACACACCUUCUCUUUUCAGUAUGUAGCCGUUAAAUCACUCCAUUCACCGACACUUGGCCAUCCUGAUAUCAUGUAUUGGUUUUCCGUGCACAUCUCCCUCCCAGUCAGUCCCAUCCAGUCAGAGAGAAGUCAGUGUGUCUAAACUUGUUGUUUGUUAUGCAGGUGAUUUCUGAGGAAGGGGUCAGCUUUAAGGUCAGUCUCUUCUCUUGCUAUUUUUUCCUCUCCCUCUCUCCUCUCUGUUACCUCUCUAUAAUGUGAUUUUCUCCUCCUCUGUGAUGUGAUUCCGUGGUGAUUCUGUCUGUGAUUACUGUGCUUUAUGUAUUUUUGCCAGCUGUUGAGUGAUGGCCGCAGCCCUGCCUUUUAAAACUGAAGUUUUUUGAUGAUGGUAGUUGUAUCCAGAAGUUACAUUUGACUACUUCUUUAGCUGUUCACACUACCUGCAUUUAGAAGGCCUGCUACAAUUGCUUAGACAUGCAGUUAUGAAAGAUGUGUGACCCUAGAUGUACAACUGUUUGCUGCUUUAUAUUGGCACUAGUUGCACAUUGGCUGUAACAGAUAUCUGCUUGUGUCCAACAGCAAUGGAGGAAUUUUCUCUAUACCUUUAAGGCACAGAUAGCAGUCAUGACUGUCUAUACAUGGAGAGCCUGUGUGUUGGUCCUCAUGCCUUAUAGCUCAGUACAGCUGUACCAUCUGCAGCCUCAGUUUGCUUUCAGCAGACUGUAAAAUAGGGCCUCCCCUCCUUCUUGUGACACCCCAUGAUUUGUCCACAUCAGGCCUGCUUUUUGAUCGCUACUCGUUAGUUCUUUCUCUGGUAACAUCAGUGUUGGCAUGACUCUUUGAAUGUCCUGACACACAUAUUUCACAAAAUAAACUCACCUAUCCACUAAUCAUUAAUACGGGAUUAAAUGUUUGGAAAGUAUAGCUCUGCAUGCCAAAAUGAAACCAGCAUCUUUCUUAUAAAUUGAUGUAAAAUAAAGAGCAAGAUCACUGCUUAGGAAAGAAACCACUGCAUGCUCCUGCAGGCUACAAAAUGCAAUUGUCAUGCAGUAAGAGAUGGUCUUAAUUUAGCUCAUGUUUGAAGUACCAUGGUGAUUACUGCAGUGAUUUUACAGUUAAAGAGUUUCUUUUCUGACUGUUUUAAACUGAUUCUUAAUAUGUCGUUCUUCUUGCUCCUUCCUGUGUUUCUGUUUGUGUGGGUAUGUUUGCGUCUCCUCUCCUCUGUGUGUGUUAGAUCGUGGGAAAUGGAAGCGAGCAGCAGCUCCAGAGAGAGUUAGAAGAUGUCCUCAUGGACCCGUCGGUAGCUGACACCGGGCUGGGAUCAGAAGCGGGGAUGGACAGCCUCGGGGGCGGCGACCAUGGCCUUCAGCCCACAACAGCAUGCCCUGUCCCCCCAGGCACAGACCCUCUGAGUGCGCCGACACCACCCAAGCUGGAUAUGGUGCUCCCUGUUCAGACGGGUCAGGAAAGUGAGCUGAAUGAGAGGUCGUACCGAGGUGAGCUGUGAUGUAACUUUUCUCAUCCUCUGUUUUUGUGUCUUUGAAAGCUGAGAAAUGGUUCCGACCUGUGUUUUAAAGAUAGGCUUAUAAACUAUUAAGGGUUAUAUCCAUCUACCAACUGUGCAUAAAGACAGAGGACACGUCUCCAUCUACCUCUGUUGUAUGAAAAGUGGAGCCAAAUCCCCCAUAUUGCUUCAGAGCCUGUGAAGUAGGGACUGUCUACUGCGGAGCACAGCCACAGUUUUCAUCUCCUUCUCUUUUCUGUACUGAAGGUCAGCACAGUCUGCAGCGUAACAGCCUCUGGUGACAGGAGGCCUUCAUAUCCUUCUUCUUUUAGUCGCACUUUUUUUAGUUGUUGGCUAUAUCACAGGAAAACAAAUUGAAAACAAACUUCUUUCUGUGCAGAGAUUUUCUUACAGAUGUGACUUUUUUUCUCCAGUUGAAUUUAGUUAUAACUUCCUAUCUCAGAGGAGUAGUCCCAAGAUUACAAAUCUGUUCUCCUUCCCUUUCUUCUCCUUUUUGUUGAUAAUUUCUCAUCACUCUUUAAAUCUUUUUUCUCCCCUUUGCAGCGGAUGAAUCAUCAUCAGAAGGCAGUCCUUGCAGUCCCAUUCCAGAUGAGGAUAGCGUUGUGUUCAGCCAGCUGACAUAUCUGGGAUGUGCAUCGGUCAACGCCCCCCGCAGUGAGGUGGAAGCCCUGCGCAUGAUGAGCAUCCUCAGAGGGCAGUGCCAACUACCCCUGGAUGUCAUACUGUCGGUGCCAGGCGUGUCUGAAGGCACUGUCAGGUAAGGAGGAGCAUCAAGUUACGAGACUCACCUUAUAGAUCAUUCUGUGGGCUUUAUAAUGUAGUGUAACACAAACACACUUAGAACACACAGUCUUUUUAUGUUUUAGUGGUUAUUUGUCGUACUCUCAUCAAUCAAACAUGAAAACUUCAAUCUAAAUACAGGGACUGUGAAGUUUUUAGACUGCAAUAUAUUUCCAUUUACAGGUUGCUGGACCCUCAUGCCAAUACAGAGAUCGCCAACUACCCCAUCUAUAAGAUUCUGUUUUGUGUCCGUGGCCAUGACGGCACACCGGAGAGCGACUGCUUUGCCUUCACUGAGAGCCACUAUAAUGCUGAGAUCUUCAGGAUCCACGUGUUCCGCUGCCAAAUCCAAGAAGCGGUAAGAGUUGAAUCAUGACUUUAUUGACUGCUGUUAAACACACUGUAUGAGCUGAAUGUAAUCACAUUAAAGACAAGAUUAAAACUUUAUACCUCAAAAAAGGGCAGGCACCCAUGUCAACUAUUGUAUGUUCUCAGGGGAAUUUUUAAUCUUGCUGUUUAGAGGUUCCCUGCAAAUGCACAUCAGUUUAAGAGAGGGCUACAAAUUCCUCAGUUCUGUGUUUUUUUAAGUUUUAUUGAAUUUGUCUUUAAUUAGAUGAUUUGACAGCAUAUCAAAGCCCUUUUAUUCUGCAGUUACUUUCAUUUAUUACUGUGCCUCCACGCCUAAUUGCUUCAGUGAUAUAUGAGCUCUUAAUUCAAACUUGAAUGACUGUGAAACCCCUUUUCAACACACAAGUACACAAAUCAAAACAAAGGGUAACCUGCAGUGUUGCUGUUGUUCAAAAAGUGUCCUGAAGGGGGAGCAAAAGCUCCUCUUGUAACUGCGCUGUAUUUCACAUUACACUUUUUUUUCUGCUGUCUUUUUUUCGCACUCUUUCGGUCUCUCCCACUCACGUACAUACAUGUGCACACAUUCAUAUUGAAAGCAGAUUUCUGGCUGACCUUGUCUUAAAUUAUUGAUCCCCCUGCUGCACGGGCGUCAUGGUUCAGCGUCUGUAUUAAAGCUUCCUUGGUGGUCCUGUAGAGAUUAUGUCAUGUAUGGAAGGCUGCAGUGUGCUGUGUACAUCAUCUAAAACAAAGCCAGUUUAUAAAGUAUUUUUAAAUUGCAGUGGUAAAAGAGGGGUUCCUGUUUUUUUUUAUAAGAGGGUUCAGCAGGAAUAUAAAGAAUUCACACAUAAAAACAGAGUUAAAGUAGACCUUCAAUGUUCAGUGACCUGAUUCCUUUCUCAUGGAGGCACUCUCCUUCAAUGUCACAAAGAGUCCCCAGACAGACGCUACUUUAUCAGACCAACAUCAUCCCCCUACCUAGAUUUCCCAGACUCCCUACUGUAACAUACAGGCUUAUCCAAAAAACACUGCACACACACACGUGCAUGCACACACAGCAUUAUACUUUUUACCCAGCAACUAGACAUCUCUGCCCUUGUCUCCCUCUUCCCUCUGCCUCAUGCCUGUCUUCCCUCCAGUUCCCCCCAGCAACAAACCAAAGUACGAUGCCUCUAGCUUUUUUGGGAUUGUCAUCAUCACUCUAGAGUAGAGUGAGUCAGUUUGUUUUUUUAAAAAUGGCUGCUUGGGUCAUGAGCCUAACAUAAACCUAACAGUAUAUUUUUAAAUUCAAUUAGUGAAUUAUUUCACUUUUAAAUACACAGACUUUAAACACAUACACUCUCAAACUCUCUGAUGUGGGCUGACUUUAUAUUGUGAAAUCACAGCUGGACUGAAACUAUCCACUGCCUUAUUUGGUAUACAGCUGUGCAGAUCAAGUGACCCAGUUAUUAAUGAAAUUGUGUUGGUUUCUAGCAUGUUUUGUUGUAGUGUUCGAUAUGAUUUUUCUCUCUAAACAGAUUAGCCAAUUAUGGAGUAGAUCUGUUCAUGCAUACAGCAAACCACCUCCCCUGUACUGUCCUGCCUCCAAUUUGCCAGACCUCCCAGUCAGGCCCUGAGGCUACUCUGAACAAUUCCCAGUUUGCUGGUGUCGAUGUCGAAACGCACCAAUCACCUCCCUCCCUAACCUACAAACUUGCUGUUCCCAUCCAGAGAUGUACAUCUAAUGUGGUUUGAUUCAAAUCAGUGAAGCUUCACUGGAUAUAUUCCGCUCAAGUGAUUUGAGCUACUAUCACAAAUUAAAUUAGUUGUUUGAAAAGACAAACACAAGUCAGGCUUUGCAGAUUGAAAGAUUGUUGCCAUGAUAUUAAAUAAAAAUGUCCUGAAGCUUCGUGUCAGUUAGUGUUUAAAGGCAAAGCUGCCAAGAAAAAAACAAUAAAAGUAUCCUGGAGGGGAUGUAAAAACAAUAUAACAAGUUCCAGAUCUUUAAAGGCUGCAGAUUUGUAGAUAAAGUCUGAUUCCAAAUCCAAAUUGUGUUAUGUAAUUACCUUUCAUAAGAGCUCUGAGGGUAAAAACGGUAAAUAUUUCAUUUGCAGCUUUCUAAAAACGAAAUGUUUUAGACCUUGAAAUAUUUGUGUGUAAGGUAGACCAGCUCUCCUGGUUUCAAAUUGAACUGAGUUCAUUAGAGAACUUUUUAAUCAAGUUUUGGUUCUGGAUACCAGUGCAUUACUUCAGCAUAUUCUGUCUUGGGUUGAAUAGUUUUGUCUAAAAAUGACUAUUUUAAGAAGGAUGGCAGUGUCUCUUUUUAAUGCCAUAAAGAACACCGUAAAGGUAGUAAAUGAAAAUGAACUCAUCUGUGAUGAAUUUAAAGAUUAACUCCCUUUGCAAACCUUUUCCUUCAUCUGUGGUUUCUGCAGAGGCAGAGAAAGCCUCACUGACAUUAUGUCCUUCCUGUUAAUGAUAGCAGUGCAGCCUCUCGUCUUUGUUUGCAGGCCUGCUCACGCUGUUGUUUGUUUUAGGAUAAUGUAUUCUUUCAGAUACUUUACACCAAUGAGUCCUCGCUCUCUUAUCUUAACCACAGUUACACAAUGAUUGUAAUGGAAACACAACUGAAUGUAAACUGCGACCUGACUGAUUACUGAAAGAAUAUUCUACGACAUAUAUGAGUACACAGUCUUGGCCUAAUGGACUUGUAAGGAUGAUCAUUUUGUAAUCCACCUGUCCCUGUCCUUACAGAGCCUCUCUGCAAAAAGGACAUUUUCUGACAUUUGAAACUGGUCAGUUUUGUCUCCAGCAUUGGUUGGAUCUGCAGAAAACAACAUUUCUAUUGUUUUAUGUGUCAUAAACUAAGGUUACAGGGGGGGUUACCCCCAUCAAACUCUGCUUGUUUUCCAUCUCUCAUAUCCAGUCCCCCCCAUUGUUUCUCAAUAAAUAAACCCCCUGCGAUGCCCCUAACAUGCUUCACAGUCCCAAGUACAUAACAAAAGCUCUGUGUAGAAGAGGUUCGGAGCUGCUUCAAACCCUGGCCUCAAAAAAGGAAAAAGAUCAUUGUAAUUUAUUGAUAACAGCAGUUUCUACGCCAUCUCUCACUAACCCCCAGGCUCCGCUGUUUACCGGAAUAAAGGAUGAUCCAAAACCACUGUGCUGUGGGCCUCUAGUUGGGGAACACUCUGUUUAUUACCACACACACGUCUGUGUUGGAAAAAAUUACAGAUACAAUAGAAUACUUCAUCAUGACCAAAUGUAAGUUUAGCAAACCUGAAGCCACGUGAUUGGAAACGUACAUUCAUUUAAUGUAAAUAAAUUAUCACCUCCCACUUUCCCACACUUGGCAGUCUUUAGCCUUCCCCACUCUCUUCUGCUCCUCUCCCUGAGAAUGCUGCAGACUCUGAAAAGCCUUAAAUGUUUUCCUAUAGAAUUUAAAUAAAACAAACGCUUUUACAAUAUGUAUAUUUAAUAUGUAAUUGGUUGGCUGAUUAAACUUAGAGUAUUAAUUUGUUUGGGGAGUUUUGUAAGCUUUAUCACAAAAUAGCAAUGACAGUCAUGGCGAUGUUUGUGUGUGUGUUUUAAUGAAUGCUAAUGAGUUGUAAUUACAAUGUCUAGCACUGAUAUUUUUGGCAUCUAAAACUCUCUUUUAUUGCCCCACAAGGUAUUUCAGUUACAGGAGCUGCCAAGACUUGAUGCCAAACAAACAAAAAAACACUCUCAGAAGUUCUCGCCUUGUUAUUUUGUUUGUGCCCUAUGUUGAAGUUUGGUUUAUUUUGCCUCUGAUUGGCUGAAAAACUUGUCACAUUGUCUUUAAACUGAAGGCAAAUUUGCAGUAGAUUAAAAAUUUCAUCAGUGCUGUUGCAAUCUUUUUGUGACUUGAAUAUGAGCAGCUCAGCAGAGAUCACGACAGCCUUCACUCCCUAUACUAAAAUGUAGGUUUUUUGUUCAGAUGAUCUGUUGAUUUGAGGAAUCAUGGGUAAAGAUUUGCUGAUACUGUUGAAAACACAAGAAGAUGGAGAACAGCACUCAGUGUGUGUACAGGUCCAAUCUAGGGCUGGGUGAUAUGGCCUCAAAUCAAUAUCACGAUGUUAUUAAGCAGUUCACCUUGAUAACGAUAAAUGGAUGAUAAAUACUCCACAAGCUGCUCACCCCCUCCCACAUUAACUUCGUCCACUUCAGCCACCACUCCACCCACUACAACUUUUGAACCGUCCUCCAUCUCCUCACAUGUCUUUCCCACUUUGUUACAGACUGGAUGGGGUGGAGUCAUGUGUAUGACAUAGGACAGGGUCUUAAAGGGACAUGAGACCAUAGCCUACCUACACACAUCCAAAAUCAAUUUUUAUUCAUUUAUUCAUUUUGACACCGAAUUUAUUGACACGGGCAAAAUGACGUAGGUUAUUGUCGUAAAUUUUGGUAUCUGUAAAUUUUCGGUUUAUCGCCCAGCCCUAGUCCAAGCCUUAUACUGCCAUCUUUGAGUCUACAAAGCUAGUUGAAAAGAGGCCGUACAUCAUGGUUACAUCCUCCUGCUUGUUUGUGUUGGAACACUUUCAAUGCUUAACUCUAGAUUUGUCAUAAUUGAAGAACAAUAAUGAUGCGGUGUUGUUGUUUAACACUGCAGUUUAUUUGAUACUCUAAAGUCCCUUAUCUGUAUUCACCUCUCUCCUUCAGGUGAGUCGGAUACUGUACAGCUUUGCCACAGCGUUCAGGCGGUCAGCUAAGAAGGCAGCUCUGUUGUCUCAACAGGCUGCACCGCUCACACCUGACAGCGACUUGUUUACCUUCACUGUCAGCCUGGAAAUCAAGGAGGAUGAUGGGAAGGGUACUUUCAGGUGAGACAUCCCGUAAACGCCAACAGAAUAUAUUUUAAUGUUUGGUGUGUGAACCUUCUCAUUCCUCUACUUUGUGUGCAAAUGAUUGUUGUCAGUGUCACCCUGCACCCUAAAAAAGUAGUUUUAUGAGGAGUCUGGUCCACACCAAUCACCUGCUGUAGUAAUUUUAUACUGCGUGACACAUUUCUAGAUAUGAGUUAUGAAAUUUGCACGUGUUUGGAAAAUGCUCUGUUGAGAAAUCUUACCAAAAAAUUGAGAAACUGUGGGAGGCGGGAUGGGACGCACUGCUGUAUUUAUGAGGAGAGGAAAGCUUCAGAUGUGGUGGUGAAUGAUAGAACUGAAAAAAGUAAGUAGUAUAAAUUCAAGUGAUUAGUAAACACACACUUAAUGAUAAUAACGUAGGAUAAAAGAGCUUAACUUCUCUAAAUACUAACCCAAUAAAGGUGAUGUAUUUUAAUGUAAUUCAUUUAAACAGACACAUACAACAUCAUGCUGUAUGAGACUCUGCAUCAGCUUAUUGGUUAUAACUUUUUAAAAAAGGAAACAAAUUUAUCAUAAUGCUAAACUGUAUAUAACAUAAUUGAACAGAAUUAGAAAAUGUUCAUAAUUGGGUCUUUAGAGGCAUGUUUAUAUGUAGAACCUGAAUUUUGUGCAAAACCAUGACCCAGUCAAGUAAUGUAAGCUGUGUCUGGUACAUGAUGUCCAUACUCAUAUGGAGUUUUUGCGAUCAGAGCACUUCCUAAAAUCAUAGCAGGUUCAAGUGUUUACAAGAUCAUAUAGAUUAAUGCACUUUUUGAACCCUAAACCUCUUUGUAUAAAUUUCCUCAGGAAUUUCUGUCAGUGAAGGUUUGGAGAGUGUUGAUUACUUUUCCUGUCUCAGACCUCUGCUUUCUUGAGCAGAAAAGAGGACCAGCGCCGGAGAGGGAGCAUUUCAAAACUGCUAUUAAGCAUGCUUUUAUUAAGAUGAAUGGGUCUAUUUCAAACAUGGGCCGCUGGGUUUUCACCUUACAUAAGGAUUCAAAUGAUAGUAAAUCUGCCUUUUUGGUGCCACUGUCACUGUAUCUGCUGCAUAAUUCAGCUCUGCUUUUGGCACAUCCUCUCUGUUUUCUUUCUAUCAAUGAUCCUCUUUUUAAUACAUUCCUUUUUUGCAUAUUUUCAGCGCUGUAGCAAAGGACAAGGAUAAGCAGAGCUUCAAGCUGCGUGCAGGAAUGGACAAGAAAAUUGUCAUCUAUGUCCAGCAGACCUCCAAUAAGGAACUGGCCAUUGAAAGGUAAAAUAAAGCCGAUAAACAAGCACAUAUACCUACACACUCAACUGGAGUGUCGCUCUAGUGCAGAAGUCUGUCCAAGUAGAUAGAUAGAUAGAUAGAUAGAUAGAUAGAUAGAUAGAUAGAUAGAUAGAGAGAUAUAUAGAGAGAGAGAGAGAGAGAACACAUACAUAGGUACGUACAUAGGUACAUAGAUAAAUAAUAGAUAGAUAGGUACAUAGAUAGAUACAUAGAUAGACACUUAGUUGGUGUUUUAUUAUUCUGUUCAUGAGUAACUCAGGUAAAGCCAUAGCAUCUAUAUCUACACACUCAACUGGAGUGUUGCUCUAGUGCAGAAUUCUGUCCAGAUAGAUAGAUAGAUAGAUAGAUAGAUAGAUAGAUAGAUAGAUAGAUAGAUAGAUAGAUAGAUAGAUAGAUAGAUAGAUAGAUAGAUAGAUAGAUGGAUGGAUAGAUAUUUAGAUACACACAUAGAUAGAUAGAUAGAUAGAUAGAUAGAUAGAUAGAUAGAUAGAUACAUAGAUACAUAGAUAUUUAGAUACACACAUAGAUAGAUAGAUAACACAUACAUAGGUACAUAGAUAGAUAGAUACAUACAUACAUACAUACAUACAAAGAUACAUACAAAGAUACAUAGAUAUAUACAUAGAUACAUACAUACAUACAUACAUACAUACAUAAGUACAUAGAAAAAUAAUAGAUAGAUAGAUAGAUAGAUAGACACUUACUUGGUGUUUUAUUAUUCUAUUCAUGAGUAACUCAGGUAAAGCCAAAGCUUCUACUCAAAAUGCAUCACAGUCAUUUCUGCCUGAGGCUAUUGAACUCUUCAACUCCUCUCUGUCAAACACUCUUUCUAUCUCAUGGACUUAUUUCAACCACAGCUGUGGCCCCUUUUUAGUUUAUUUUACCUAUCAAAAACACAACCAUGCAACACUCAGACAUCAAUGCUUGAUUAUCACCAGUUUGUAUGUGAAGUGAGUGAGUUAAGCUGAUAGCCUCACAGCUAUAAAGAUUAAUGCAGGCUGAUCUUAACUACUGUUCUUGUAGCUAGUAGAAUUACAACCUCCACAUGUUAAAAACAGGUGGUUCUAGAAAGAGCAACACAGCCGCACAGAAACUGCACCUUGUGGACAUAGCCAAGUGUAAUUGAAAUCUAUGUGCAGAAAACAACUCCAAAUCACCCAGAAAAAACAGUUUGUUAUUGUAUGUGACUUAGCCAGAAAAACAAGACAAGAGCUGUUGUAUGAGGACAUGUCUAUAUUAAUAAGCCGGUCAGCCCAGCCCUUUUGUUGAGAUAAGCAGCCAGCAACAAGCUACAAGUGGGAGAACAGGAAUGUGUUGUAUGUAAGAAUAGUGCCGAAACAAAGGGACUCAGUGAGAACAAAGUAAGCGCAGGGACAAGUACUUCAUAUAACCCCUCUGAGAAACAAAAGAAUUAAAACGGCCCCCUGUAUAAUUGAUUUUUAUUCUUGUGAAGAGCACUAUUUUAAGAGGAGCAGCAGGUCUAUCCUAAAAAAGGAUAAAAAAUAUGAUUUAAUGAUUGAACACAUAAAUUAUGCAACACAACAUUCAUAUCCUGAUGCAUUCCAUCACUUGUAAUCCUUGAGAUAUGUUGCUUGAGACUUAGCCCGACAUUCAUAGGAAAGGAAACACCCAGUUGUAAUUGAUCAACACACAACCUCUCCACAUCCGUGUGUGUUGCCCCGUGUCAGCUUGAAAGUAUUCCGGCUCAGCUCUGGGAUGGUUAUUGAUGGGAGCCUGUCUUUUCCGAGGUCUAAUAAAUCGGUUUAAAAUGUAAAUACUCCAUCAUUUUUUUUACGGACUUCCAUUUUUACAGUGGUUUGUUAUUGUUUGAUGAACCCAGAGGAGGUAAGGAUUGAAGAGCUGUGUUUAAUAUUCUCCACGAUCUGGUCUGUGUUACAGGAUCAGUCCAGGAAGCUAUUCUCAGUAAUAUGCGAUGGUUAACAAGUGGUUUUAGUCUAUAGGGAGAUUUAUUGUUCUGCGUCUGGUUCCCGCUCCUGCUCUGUUCUUUUUUCACCCUUUCUUCUUAUGUAACCUUAUUUAUUUCACUUAUCCCUCUCUCAUCUCUUUGUGUGUGAGUGUGUGUGUGUGAGAGAGAGAGUGAGUGUGUUUCUGUAUGCACGUAUUUAUUUAUUUCGUUAUAUUGCUUCUCCUCUCCAGGUGCUUUGGUCUCCUGCUCAGCCCAGGUAAAAAUGUGAAGAACAGUGACAUGCACCUGCUGGAUCUGGUGGGUAACUAUUUUCAUGCAUGCCUGUGUGUCAACAUAAAUUUAUGUGUGUGUGUGUUUGCUUACCUCUCCCAACUUGUGCCCCUUCAGGAGUCAAUGGGAAAAAGCUCUGACGGGAAGUCUUACAUCAUCACAGGAAGUUGGAACCCCAACACGCCUCAGUUCCAGGCUGUGAAUGAGGAAACGCCCAAAGGUAGCAGCCAAAAACCUGCCGAAAAAACACAUAAAACAAUGAUUUUCAACCAUGAAUUGUUUCCUCGUUACAUGUUUCCUUGAGAAGUGUUUUUUUAAAUCCACUUUUUCAUAUUCACACUUAUGUUUUACACGUUUCCUAGUGUUAGAAAUCAUUUUCUCGUUGUCGCACAGUUCCUAAGAUAAGCUGCGAAGACGCAACCUACACUGAAAACUCAAGAGCUGGUCUUUUGUUAAAAAUCUAAACCUAGUCCUGUUAUUAUCUAGUUAUUACUCUAGGUGAUUAAUUAGUCUCCAGAAACAAUCAUUAAGCUCUUAUCUCAUUUUUUCCCCCCCAGAUAAGUUCAUGUAUAUGACGACAGCUGUGGACCUUGUGAUCACUGAAGUAGAAGAGCCGGUCCGUUUUCUGCUCGAGACAAGAGUUAGGGUGUGCGCCCCCAACGACAGGCUCUUCUGGCCCUUCAGCAAACGCAACUACACUGAAACCUUCUACCUUAAACUGCGACAGGUGAUGUUGGGACUUAGACUAGAUUUGCAGCGUCAAUAUUUCCAUAUGCUUUGGUUUUAUUCAUGCAGACUGAUCUGAUGUUUACUUGAUUCAUUUCCCCUCAGAUGGAGCGUAAAGAGCGUAAAAGCCCCGCCUCAGACACACUUUAUGAGGUGGUGAGUUUGGAAAGCGAGACCGAGAGAGAGAAACGCAAGACCACAGCAAGUCCCGGCAUCGUGCCCACUGGGCCGGGUGGCAUGGUUCCAUCACCCCCUGAGGAUGAUGAAGAGGAAGGUGAGGAGAUGCUGUCUUAGUCACUUAUUUUUUAUUCCUUUUUAGCGACUCGCAAAACAAAAGAAUGGCAAACACCUAAUCAAAUGUAUAAACUCAGGUAGAGUAAAGGGUGUUACUUCUGUAUAGCAACUAUUCAAAAAUAUUCAACAAAUAUAUAACCAGAUUAGACCACAGAAGAAGUCUGACAAGCAGAACUCUAUCAAAAACUGUUUGCUCUUAGUCUAUGAUAUCAGACAACACUUCAAAGUAGCCAGCUAGUCGACAAAAGAACUUAAGAAUGACCGGCUGGCUCUGAAAUACUGAACAAUUGAGGUGUCCCAAGACUAAUGCUUUACACCAAAAAAAAAUGAACAGUCUACCCCGCGAGGCUGUACCUGACAUAGACUUGUGGCCCGCAGGAGAAAGUAUCAUGUGGGAGAUUAGACACUGUGUUACAGAACUGUUUGUUCUGUAUCCCCACAAGGUACUUAGCACCCAGUGCUGUGUAUGUGUGUGCUUUCUUCUUUCAUGUGUCUGAGCAAUGUGUGAGCAGUAGCAAUGAGAAUAAAGAGCAGAGAUAAUAACUUAGGUACUUUUUGUAUCUGGAUUUGAGUUAGACUUUGAUCUGCUUGCCUCUGGCUACAGAUUGGCCUUACUUUUGGACUUUUUGUCCGUUUGAUCGCUACUUACCUACCGUUAUGAAUAUUAAGAUCCUACAGCGCUUGGGGAUCAUCAGUUUAUCAGCUGAUCCUUUUUAAAAUGAAAGGAAAAAUGCCACUGGAGAACAUCAUUCCACUUCUAAUUUGUCUGCGGUUUUUCAAAUGAAGAGUAAUUAAUUUGAGGAGCUGUUGACUGAGUUUAAACCAAAAGUCAUUUCAAAAAUGAUGUCAUGAAUUGUCAUACACUUGUAAAUGAAAUGCCCUCAGGUGGAGUAGGUACAUACUGGUGUCAUAUGAGUCACGUUGUUUGACAGAAAGUCUGAGGUUUACUUUAAAAACAUUAAAUUCACUCUAGUUGAAGGCCACAUUUAAAUAUGUAAGUCAGAUUAAGUAUAAUAGCCUUACUUGCUCUGACUUUGUGUGUCUAGAUAAUGAUGAACCUUUACUAAGCGGCUCAGGGGAUGUGUCCAAAGAGUGUGCGGAAAAGAUUCUGGAGACCUGGGGAGACUUGCUAUCCAAGUGGUAAGCCUUUGUUACCUUGCUUCUUUCUUUGCCUCAACAUCUACUGCAGCUAUGAUAAAAAAAUGAUGUAUAUUUGUGUGUGUGUGCGUGUGUGGUGAAGAUGUGGCGCUGUAUGUGUGAGGGGGAGACGCAGACAGGGGGCUGAUAAGCAGCUUAUUAUGAUGGCUUUCCUCUUCCAUUACUGCAUUUGUUUUUAAUUAAGAGCUGGUGAUGAACCGAGUAGAAACUGCCCAGCUGUGAGUUAGACCCAAACACUCACUCAAACACACACACACACACACACACCCACACACACACACGAAAAAGCACGCCUCUCUGUCUCCAUGUGUAUUAUGUGUAUUUCUCUGUACGUUCUCUCAGGGGAAUAGUCUUAUUUAAGUAAAUCUGAUCAGGUACAUUCUUUGACAUUCUUCUCGCUCCUUUAUAAAACCCUGUGAGUCUUUGCCUAACACUGUUGCCAUGGUGAUGCAUUAUUCACCAUAUAAAAGAGGUAGUUUCUUAGAGGAUUUAAAAGUCUUUCACAGUCGUCAGAUAAGGUCGACAUGAGCCCAACAGAGAAAUAAGGCUUCAGUGAGGAGGUGUGGCUAAAUGGCUCAGUGGCUCCCCCUGACAUAAUGAAAAAAAAUCAGCACGCUCAGCAUGUUGAACCCGAACAGCAACCUUAGAUGUCGAAAAAUGAAGUUAAGGCAGAAGUGGUAAAACCUUGUUGUUUUGAGUACUCAAAGCUGGCUCAGAAAGACCCCAUUGACUCUAAAGCUCUUACUGGGAUAAACUCACAGCUUGCUACAAGAAAGAGUUUAGGACUGAAUUGUGUAUUUCUCUUUUCAUACACACUGUACAGGAGGUGGAUUUUUUUCUAGUCGUACUACCAUUUCAAUUUUAGAAACAUCAAGGUUACGUGUUCAACAAGACGUAGUUAAGGGUGUGGCUGAUUUGACCAGUAUACUUAGCCGUAGCUGUUUGUCAGGAGGCAAAAGGUCAGACUCCACCUGUUUGCUUCAUGCUAGUUUGACCAAAAGUCAAGUUCAAUUAACCCUUAACUCACUGCCGUGUUUCACUUCGAAACUCUUUAAGUGAGACUGGUGGGUAACAUCAAUAAGACUACUUUGAUGUUUGAUACAGUCUUUGGGUCAAACUAUAAAUUUGAAGUUGAAUAGGCUUACGUAACAUUUCUUGAUCUAAGAUAGAGUCUCUUAAACCCAUAUUGUGAAUCCAAGACAUGCGCUUCACCUCAUUAACUCUGCAUUCAGACCUUCACCAAACACAACAUACUAUUCCCUCUGGUGUACACCAAACCUUUGCUUUUUGUUUGCACCAACAUGCAUAAGGAGUACGUGCCUGUUCAGCACGGCUUCCCGCCCUAGUUUCAGUUGUUUGUUGUACGUUAGUCUAUGUAUUUUUUUGUAGUAAAUCAAUUUUCUGCCCUCCUUUCUGUGUUUGGGUCUACUCAGUCCCUUGACGGUAUUGAAAUUGACCUCCAAAACGCUGAAUGCUUUGGAGGUAUUUUUCUCACUUCCCUAAUAAAAAUAGUUCUAAAAGAAAGGAAUCAUAAGACUAGCCUUUCAUAAUACGAGGCUUUGUGCAAGUGAUCGGUGUUUUUUUUGUGUGCUGGCCAGAGUGUGUGUUGUUGCAUUGUGGGAUGCGGCGCUCCGGGAGCAAAGAGAGGCAAAUCACAGAAAGCCCUUUACAAUUUAAUGCCCCUGAGGACCAGGCCUGGCAUUACUUACAUCACAUGCACACAAACACACUCACACACACACACAUGCACACACACACACAAACACAGUAUACUUUUGUUUCCCUUCUUAGUCCCGACAACAGAAAAUGUCACAUAUUGCGUAACCUGACGCCCGGAACAAAUAAAACCAAACAAUCUGAGAAAAUAGAGAGAGGGAUGAAUUGAGAACAGGGAGGAAAGCAAGAGAAUCAUCAGGGAUUCUGGGGUUUCUUAAUGUCGGCCCCAGCCAGGAGAUAGCUAGUUGGAGAGAUACAGCUGUGCUUCCAAUUUUACCUUCCUCAUCCUCGUACCUCUAUUUAUGUCUCUUUCAGGGUGAAGCCUAUAGUUAAUCUUACACAGGAUGGUAUUGUUGGAGUGUCUCCCUAACUUAAGUCGUGAGGAUGAGGAAGAGAAAUCUUCAUAAUGCCACUGUGUACUGCUGCUGCAUGAACUCAGCUUGUUGUCUGCCACCGUCUUUUGUUUUUACAUCCUGCUAAAAAUAGUGCAGUGUUAAAUAAAGCAAUACUGACGUUCCGAUAUCAGGGGAAGGAGUGGCGUGAUGAAGCUGAAGCAGAAUCUCAAGCAUAAAUCACACUUUCCCAGUGUAAAAAUAGCACAUCUGAGGCCUUGAUUGAUCGUUUCCCUUGUUUGAAGUGGAAAUGGAAAUACGAAGAAGAAAGCUGCUCAUGUAAAUCAUUACACCUGUGGUGUUAGGUGAUAUGACCUCUCCUCAGUGUCAAAAUAUUGGCCAGGCAGAGCUGAUGAUGGCUCUUUUUAGACACUACGAAAAGCCUAUGAACACAUUAUUUUGGAAAGACGUGUUUGGCAGCUGUGAUCAGAAAGAUUGCAGAUGAAGAAAUCUAACAAGGAAUUACUGAGUGUACAAUGCUUUUAAGAUUGGUUUAACAAGCAGCACUAAAUAAUGUUAUUAUGAGUGAGUCUUUCAUGGCCCGCCAUUGUUGACUCUUUCUCAUGUUUCUUCUUUCAGGCACACAAACUUAUCAGUACGUCCCAGGCAGCUGCCAGCUUUGGUGCGGAGUGGCAUUCCUGAGGCGCUGCGUGGAGAGGUGUGGCAGCUCCUUGCAGGCUGCCACAACAAUGAUCAUCAAGUGGAAGAGUAUCGGACUCUAAUCACAAAGGUAGGACUACACUUAGGGUUGCACAGCUUUCUCACCUGCCAAUCCAAUCCUCUGCAAAUGAGCCCAAAAGAUAUCGCCCAAUUCACACAUCAUGCACAGAGUAAACUGCUCCACAAACUCCUCUGCAGAGUGAAUCAUGUCAGUUUGCAGCAGUGAUCUUUGCAGUGAUUUGAUUAAGACAUUAUGUAUUCAUUUGGAGCAAAAUGUGCCCUUUUUAAAGCAAUCAAGCCUCAUUAUAAAAACAACAACAUUUACUUAACUUGCACUGGUGCUAGCAUUCCUGCACAGUUAGACUGAAGACCAUGACAAUUAAAUCCACCUCUGGAUGACCUUGAAAUAAAAUAUCUGUUUCUCAAUAUUACCUGGACUUUCUAUCUUUAUAACAAUGAGGUCAAAUCUGUCUGUGGCUCUCUGUGUCGAAACCCCCCCAGGCUGUGCUAGACAGAGUUUUUUCGAUAUUUGAAUGAGCUGCUUUUUCAAGCUUGAUAUGAACUUUAAAGAGGACAUGAAACACUGACCCAAGUUUUCAUUAUUUUUAAGAAUGCCUCUCCACUUCACAAAUCACUGUAUUCAUGACUCUAGAAAUGUAAUACAUUUCUAGAAAACUGUGACAGAAGUUCCACUUUAGCGACACUGCGGGAAACCGUAAAGCAGCGCCACUUCGUGUGACGUCAGCGGUUGUGUAGCCCGUGUAUUGACUGAAUUGAGAUUGAUUGAAUGAGAGUAGAUUAGGAUGGUUUGAAUGGCGAAUUGAGCGCCAAAGACGAGUAGACUCACUAGAGUCACUAGCUUACACCAAUAAACAGGUAAGGAGUGUCCCUCUCCACCUAGCUUAUCAUUUACUGUAUGUGGGUAGAAUUUCAGGAUGGAAGCGCAGCUCUGUGCAGCUGGGCAUGGAGGAUCUUACAGCUCAUCUCAGUCACAGUAAAAUGCAAAAUUAGGGCAUACUGUGCAGAGAGCUGCGUAACUUGACGGGUGUUUGCGACAUAGCAUUGGCGCGGUUUGUUCUGUGGAGCAGAGAGUGGGGUCGAAUAAUGUGCUGUUCUUGAUGCUAUCAGCAGACCCAGUUCAUUCUUCCUGAACCAGGCCCUCAGAGGAUUGCCUACGUAAAGAUGGCCCCAUGAUCAUCUCAUGUUUUACUUUUUGGGAAAGCUGUCCUUAUUACAAGAUGACUCAUACACCGGUCCUGACUUAGUAUGUUUAUUUUCAAACAUAGUUAAACAUAGUCAUUUUCGUCCAUCUGAAACUCGUAAAGUUUAAUUUUUGUUUUAGUGUGAACUUUCCGGAACAUAUUUGCUGCAGUUUGACUAUUUUGGAAGCACACCUUGGGGGCUACUGAUGACCCUGACUCACAAGUUUCCUCCUCAUGUGGUCCAAACUUGUGAUGGUAACCACAGUCGCCCUCUAGGUCAGAGCAGCUGAUUACUUGUUGGGUUAUGUAAGUAAACGACGUUUAUAGGUUCUUCUAGAAGAAAUUCGUCAUGGGUUAAUGGUGCUAUCAGAACUGGAUCAUCCAUACCUUUAUUUAUACUGCAUACUGUUUAGCAGCCCACAGUGUAAGAGAAAGCUAACGCAGAAGAAGAAGUAAAAGACAAUGAGUGCUAAAUAAUUUUGAUGGUUAAAAAGCAGGAUCAUACUAAUCUAAUUGUGUUUAUCGUGUCUCACAGCAGCUUCUUGUCCAGUAAGGCUAAUGUCACUCCUAUAUCAUGGUAGAGAAGAGCAAGAAUGUUUAAAUCAUGAAUCUGAGUGUCAUAAAAUGCUUAAUAUUCCCAUUUCUAUGCACUGGACCUUUAAGAGACAAAUGGAGAAAUAAAUAAAGACAAAAUAUAUUUACAACUUUUAAAUUUCAGUUUUGCAGCUUCGGCCCAGAGCUAAGCCAAACCUUUCCCACUUUUAGCUACCUGCAUGCUUUGUUCUGUAGUGAUAAGCUGCACUCACACAUGCAAAAAAAUUCCUACUUGCAAAACGUACAGAAUUUUUGUUGGUCGAGCAAACAACCAAAAUUUCAGCGAAGUCAGAUGUGAGAGUGCAGCAGGAAAUGUUCUGCAAAGUUCCCUGUGAGUGAGCGAGUAGGCAGGGUUGAUGAUGUUAAGGUCACGGAACCAAGUGGACCUUAAAGAGUGACUGAAUAAGGAUGAAUAAAAACAUACAAAGUUGAUGAAGGAGAACAAUUUUCAAAAUGAGAACAGUAAAGACAUGUCCACAUCUGUUUACAUUGAUAAAAUGCAAGAAUUAACACCAUUGAGCACAAGUCUACUGAAAAUCUAAUUUAAAGUAUAAAUCGGUAGAAAGGCUGUGCGGUUAUUAUUGUUCAAAUUUGGCAUUUCGUCACCCUAUUAAAAUAAUGGCUCAUAAAUAAAAGGAUUAUGGCAUGAUCCUUUCAAACAAGGAUUUAGGCGAUUGGACCAGAGAUGGCCAACAUUAUCAAGAGAUGAAGUAGUCUAAAAAAACUCGUUUUCGUCACAAAACGACUUGGGCCAUUAUUUUAAUAGGGUGACGAUUUUCAAGUCAGCGUAGCCGUUUGUUAUUGUUUUUGUCUUUCAGCAUCUUGUCUGCACACCUGUAUCGGUAUGGACAUCACAGUGUUUCUCUGUCUGUGUGGCCAUGCAUUCAAAGAUGAGAGUAGACUUGCUAUCCCUGCUGUAAAUGGUUAGCCCCCUGAUGUGCUCAGAACAGUGCUAGUUUAUGUCAUGUGUUUUUUUUCUCGGCUACAGCCCGGUCCACUGUUCUUAUGUAAAGGCAACAUCCCCGGGCAGCAAGCUGGGUCCCAGGUGGUGACAAGAUGUUGGUGUUGCCCAUUCCCUCCCCCACCCUUUCUCAGCCCCUCUACUUGAUUUUUUUUUUCACCCUCCCAGGGAGUAUUUCCCUCUUUUUCUCUUUUUUUUUUUUAGCCCUGCCUUUUCCUGUAUUUUUCCUCACAUAUCUGAAAUGCAAUGACAAAAUUUGGAUCCCUCAAGUGGAACAAGCAGGAUAAACUUUGUUUGUCUCUUUACAUGAAUGGCAUGAAUGGAAUCCCAACUUUUACUGAGACAACAAUAACAGUGGAUCACAGUCCCCGUGUAUUGAUAGUCAUUGGACAGAAACCUGGAGAGGAUUUUUAUUGCAGAAGCACUAAAGCAUUCCAGGUUUGUGCACUGGCCAACAAACACACACAGAGAGAAGUGUGGAGAACACGUGCAGACAUAUCUGAGUCGGACAGAGGAUUUUCGUUUUUUAUUUAGUCUCCUUGGAGCAAAGCUGGAGAAGGUAGCCAAGAAUGGUUUACAGAAAAUAAAUGUCUUAUUAAACACAGCACUGAGCGAGAGUUUUUCUAAUCUUAGAUGCAAAAGGUCCCAUAAAAAAUGAGUGCUCUCAAAACAUGUUAAACAGAGAAAUAAUGACAGGAAAUAAAUUGCAUAACUGUACUUUUGUUUUAACUAGGAAUGAGUUUUCAUUCAUGUAGUCCAUGUUGCUGCCACUAAUUAUAGCCUAUCUUCUAAUUUGCUAGCUCUUUCUUUCCCUUUUUCAGCUCCUGUUAAAAUCUUUGUACAUACCAUACUCAUGUGCCAGCUCUUUGUUUGUUUUGUGUCCUUUGUGUGUUCAUUUUCUGCUAGUGUGUCUCUCUUUGUACUGUAUAUACUAUAUGCACAUCAUGUCCCAGCUAGUGCCCUCCUUUUGUACCCUGAACCCCAGCUGAACUGGACGUACAUCCAUACAUAUGAAUGCAGGGCAUUGAUGAAAGUGGAAGCAGGGCUUCAGGUCUCAGACACUCGACCUAUUCCUUCCAUAUGGAGCCCUAAUGAAUUCUCCAAUACAAGGGUCCCUGCUGCCAAGUACUUGAAGUACCCACCCAACACUGAAAGUAGACUCAUUAACACUCCACCGCUAACCAAUUAAGUCAUUAGGCUGUUGCAGCGAUGGCCUUUUGCUCUGGUUUCAUGCAUCAGAGAGAGUAGGAGCUAGGUGACUAAAGUUUGGCGAAUAAGUGUUUUCUGCGUGGUGAUUUAAAACAGGAGGAUGUCAUAUGAAGACAGCGUGACAUUAUCGGUCACUUUGUCAUGUGCUGAAAGGCAGGACAUUUUUGACAGUAUAACAACAUAAAAGCUCACAGUGUAACUCCGGCUUUUAUGUGCCAGUAAAUUCUCCUGACGACUAUUUACUCUGGAAGUACUGUUUGUAAUAUUUGUCGAAAUUCUCUUCACAUCCCAACAGCAAUCAAUAAAUGAAACGCUCUGGAGGAAAAACUGAAAUAAAUCCAGUGUCUGUGGGCUCCUGAGCACUGCGAUAAGCCCAUCCAAUCAUUACAUUGGAACUGAAUGAAAUGACUGAAUAGCUCGCCUGUCUGUGUUCCUACCUUACAAGAUGUGACGUUUCUCUAGAUGGGUGCACUAAAAAAUGUCGCUUAUUUCUGCUGUUUACCUCUGAAACUGCCUCACACAGCUUAAAGUUUAGCUAAACCUUAAGAGAUGAUAUUACUGCUCCAGAUAUUAGAAAGUCUUGCUACAAAAACCCUUCUCUGUAUUGAUCAAACAAGAGACCAUAUUUGUAUCCACACUGUGGUUUAGUUUGCUAGCGAUCACGCAUAACUGUGCUCCCCCCUUCCAGUAUAAAGGACAAAAAUAUCCACAUUGAGAGUGUGACAGACAUUUUUAUAGUUGCGCAUGAGUGGGUGGCAAUCGGCUGAAUCCCUUGUGUAAAGAGGGUUUACUUUAUAAUCAUUUUCACGUUGUUGUGGGUGUGACAAGGGCUGAUAAGGAGUGAUGUUAAGUUAUGUAACUGUCAUUAUUUUCCUGUCACUGUCACAUUGUUUUUCAUUGUCAAUUAGUAAAUAAUAAGAGGCUAGCUGUGCCUGAUUAUCUUGUUAGUUUUUUUCAGUGGCAUUGAGCUGUUGAUACUGUGUUAGCUGGCGCCGUUGGAGUAGUUAUAGAUGAUAUUUGAAGGUUUCUCACUCUUCAUCUACCAGAAUGUGAGAAAUGUUUCCUGUGGUGUACAUGUGAGCACAUACUCACAUCGAUGUCUUUGAAGACCUGCUGUUCAAGCAUCCUGUGGAGAGUAAAAAUAAGUGCUCAUGACUUUCUGCCUGCUUACCUGUCUCUGCCUGACCCACAUAAUGACCUUUAUGCUUUUUUUCCAUCCAUCUGUCUUUAUGAUCACACUCAGAAAUAUGGCUUUGAAACUAUAUCACAUUAUUUCAAGGACAUAAGAUGAUAUAAUAAAAAUAUUAUCCACUGUUCAGUGUUUGCAACUUGCUGCAUUUUUAGUGCAACAAAGUGAAGAGGUAUUUCUAACUUUUUGUCCACCUGCCACAGUGCCUCCAAAGUUUACCUUUCAAUUCUAAACUCCUUAUUUUUUAAACAUAACUUGUGGUAUUCAAUAGGGGUGGGAGAAAAAGUCGAGUCACAUAAGUUUUGCGAUUUUUUGUUUCACAAUUUUAAAUCGAUUUUUUUUGUUCAAAAAUCAUUUUUUUUCUUUUUUUCAAAAUUCAGAAUAAACCUUAAAAACUGACUUACAUGUGAUGUCAAUUUUUUUUUGGCAAAUAUUGUUCCUGGAAUAGUCGGUAGACAAUCAUAAUCAUUCAGCUGUUGUUAAAAAUGCAGACCGAAAAUCGACAAUAUUGUGGAAUUGCAAAUUAAAUUGAAUCGACGACCAAAAAAUCGUGGAAGAAUUGAAUUGGGAGAAAAUUAUACAGUCCCAGCCCAAGUAUUCAAGCAGUUGUAUAGAGAUAAAUAUUUCAACUUCUUAAUAAAACACAGUCAUGCUCUUUGCCCACACAAACACAUAUUUAUUUGACUUUAAAACAUUUCAGCAAUGUCCUUCAAGGUUGAUUUAUCUGUGACUAAAGAAAUGAGACAAGAGAGUCAUUGCACUAUUUAAAAAUGGUGUCAGCCUGUCGUAGGCACAUACUGGUAGAUUUCUAUGUUCUUGUUGGAUUCUUCAUGUUUAUGUUGUGUCAUUCUAGUGUAUAGCUGAUGUUAAAGCUCAGAAAAGCAGGACGCUCUCUUUGCUUUGCUGUUAUCAGAAGGCGAGUUUACCCGAUGACUGGGCCUCCACGUGCUUUUCCUGUAAACAUUCAGAUCAGAUGUGAUGUGAGGAGGAGGCAGUGCUCUUCUACGGUCAGAGUGUACGUCUGUUUGGCUCUACUUUGAAACGUAUGUUGAUAUCAUAAGAAAGUAUCCCGGUAUGAUGGUGGACAGUAUGAUAUAGUACAGCAGCCCUACUUUAUAUCUACUUUUAUUUGUGUACACUUGUCUCUCUGACUUCUACCCAGACCCGUUUGUGUUCCUGUCAGCUCGUGUGUCCUCCUGCUUCUCCCUGUCUGCUCGAUCACUUGUGUUGUGUCACACUUGUCUGCUCGCUUCUUUCUCGCGCCUCUCUCGCUGUCUCGUCGCAGCAACAUGUCUCCUUCCUUUCUCCCAUGUGCCGUUAAACCUGACUGUCUCUGCGCUGAAGGUUUAUGUGUAUACCACUGUUCCGACUUGAGCUGCAGAAGUGGAAAGUUCUCUGUCAGAAACCAAUGUCCCACAUUAAACAAUACACAGUGACUGCCAGGAGGUUCAGACAGUCAGGUGGAGGAAUUUUUAAGCUAUCUUUGGAGUUUGAUACUAACAGACUCUUCUUUUUCCCGGCGUCUCAUCUUAUCUUCCGACACUGAUGUUUUUGUGUUUUUGUCAACUAUGUAACAGCUUGCUCGCUGCCUCGGUUACUUUCUGUACUUGCUGUAGGCUCAUCUUUUAAAGAUGAAUAUCACAGUCUCUCGGACCACACAUAAUGACAUUGUCUGUGCCAUCCAGUUCUUUGAAAGUCCUUCAUUGCCAUUCCUACCAGGCACAUUUUUUUAUAAUGAAAAAACCUCGUGUGAGACAUCAGCCCAGCAGUUCCUUUUAAUGUUUUGUUAUGUCACGCUGGUACAAAGGUUGGCACAGUGUUACUGUUUAUUUUUAUAUUUAUGUAUAAACAGAACAAAAUUGUCGGGAUUACGAGCCACCAGCUGGGUUGUGAUGGAUGUUGUGUAUUAACAGUAAUCAGGAGGAAUUUAGCCUGAGAGGCAGUUGAAAACUCUCAUUUUUAACGGUGAUAAACUUGGUUUGUGGAAAUGUUUGGGAUAUUUUGGCUUCCAUGCAUUUAUUUAAAGGGAGGAGACAGUUGACAGUGACAUGCAGCAAGGGGAUCAGAACUGUCCCCGGGCCACCAGCUCUAGAGAGCUCCAGCCUCUAUACACGGCUUCCAGCUAAACAGACAAACUGACGCCCAGACAAAGUUUGAACUUUUGGGGUAAAAAUCCCAAAACAAGAUGCAUAAAGAUUUGAUCAAGUGAGUUUUUAUAUUGAAAUAGUCAAGAAAAGAAACAAUUCUUCAGCUAGAUCCUGUCUUAUUCAAAGAAAAUCAUUUACUGGAGCUUUCUUAUCAUUCUUUGGUGGCACUGUUAUGUUAGUAUCUGACUGCCUUUAGUCUGAUAACUGUAGGUUGCUCAGUUUUGGGAAAAAAAAACACUUCACAUUCAAACUUGUACAUUAUUUUCAGGGGUAAGAAAAGGUCCUGUUAGUUUCCAAAUAUAAAGUAACCUUCUAUCGUGUCACAUUUUUUUAAACUCAUAAAAACAGGGUUCCUACACAGUUGGAAUUUCAAUACUUUUCCAUAUCCUAUUUUUUAGAAUUAUUUUUGGAAAUACCUACUUUUUUAUUUUAGGAAACAGUUUUUUAUAACUGUGGUAAUAUAGUCUGUUAACAAGUAUAUUUUUCCAUACUUUAUUUUUCAUUUACCAUUUUUUUUAAGACCUGGAAAUUUAUCAAAUUACCUCCAUACUUUUUCAUACUUGCGUAGGAACCCUGCAAAAAGAACCAAUAAUUCAUGUUCAUGUGGGAAAUAACAUCAUUCUUUAACAUACCGAGUCAAAAACAUUAUUAUUCAUGGUCAGUAAGUCAGCAGCACUGCAGACAUUUGGAUGGCUUAACCACCCACUCCCACUCCACUCUGAGAGGUUUUGAAUGACAUCCAGUGUGGCGGACCCUCCACGUGAGCAUGCAAACAGAGAGGUGUUAUGUAGGGAGACGGGCGAAGGGGGUGGAAUAAGAAAGACUCACAGAUGCUCUCCCUGGAAACCUUUUCAUUUCCUUCUCCUCUCUCCCUCUUUUCAUCCUCUUUACCAGUUUUAGUUGCGGCUCUCCCAGUGCACUGGACAGACACUGCCACUGUCAUACAGAUAAUGCUGCUGGGAAAAGACAAAUUCACCAAGUGCUGUCUUUAAAAAAGGGUUCCUUGUAAAAACACCUGCGUGUGGCUGUGUGUGAUUUGACAGAGCAGCAAAAACACCUGAUUAUCAGUUUAAACAAUCCUACAAUUUGACAGGAUUUGAUACAGAAAAUGUGAAGUUACAACCUCAAAACAAUCUUAGCCGCCACCCCAAAUCAUUUUCCCUACAGGAGUUAAGGAGCGCUGUGUUGCGUGUCAGCUACUGUAAGCGUGACCUUCAGGUGUUGACAACCUGCGAGGAAGCACAAGUUAGACAGCUUGCAGGACUAAGUUGUGCUCAGCUGGGCGACCAGGUGACGGUACAUCACGCUCUUCUUUUCUCCUCACUCUCACAGCUCUUCUUUCCUUUUUACUGUUUUUUUGUCCCCGCGACAUCGUAUUUCCCCGUCUCUCCUCCGCCUCUUCCUCCUCUCAUCCUUGAUGAGCUCUGCGCUUCCUUUGACUCCCUUCCUCGUGCUUUUUCCUCCCAUUCCUCUUCUUCUCCCAACCCCUUUUCGUCGUCGUACUGUCGUCUAUUUUUAGCUCCUCGUGUGGUGGGCAGAGGAGAUGCGUGAAAGCAUGGGAGUGUGUCUGGAUUGCGGGGGAGAAAGGUGCAGGCUGGUGUGCGUGUGUGGGUAAUGUUUGGGUCUCCAUCACGCUACACCAAAUUGCCCUGCACGAGACACACUGCAGUCCUCAGAAAGUCAUUAGGAUGCAGCACGUAAUCUGACAGUGAUUACUACCCACUGAAACUUCUAAUUUUAGUGCAGGAUUCUGAGUAAUUAAAUGCAAUCAUCACAUCAUGUGGUCUAAAAAUAACUCACUGGGUAAUUACACAUGCAGAGAUUCAGCAGGAUCUUUACAGAACUGCUGAAAGGGACUUUAAGAGCUAAUCUGUUCAAGGAAAUAAUAUAAGAAUUGUUAAUCUGUUUUCUAAUGACUCUUUAAGAACCUUGGCAUAAAAGCUUGCUCUUGAUGUAUCCACACGGGAGAUUGAAAAAUAUCUGGUGGGGUUAUCCUGCCUGGAUAUAAUUGACUGUGCGAGAGCAACUCUCUUCUUGGCAUCUAUUGCUGCAUGCAGAAUCAGGAGCAGGGUCAUGUUUUUUAAUACUCUCUAAUAGACAAAUCAGACAAGCCUUAAACUACAAAUACACAAGCGUAUAAAAAGUAAAAAUGCACCGAUCCAUUUUUUUUCCGAUCCAGUCCGAUACCGAUACCUGGGCUGAGCGUAUCGGCCGAUAUCUGAUACUGAUCCAAUACUACUGUGGAAUGAAUUAACUGUAUACCUCCCCUUAGAGUGAAGGCAUCAGGCUUGACAUUAGCCUUGUUAAAAAAAAAAAGGUAACAAAUUAACACAGAUAUGAAUUUACUAGAUGUUGUUUAUUAACAAAUAACAAAUUGCACAUUAGCACACAGCAAAAAAAAGUAAGAGUUCCAUGUAAACAUUUAGUGCAAAAGGAUAGACAGACAUAAAAUAUAGAGAGAACAGAAUCGCUGUGUUGCUGUGUAUGAUAUCGAUUAAAAGAAAAAAAAAAAGACUGGAUCGGAACGCUGGAUCAGCAUCAUUCAUCAGAUAUACGAUUAGGGAUGUGCGUGGUUAUUCGGAUAUUCGUGUAAACGGGGCUGUCCUUACUAUCCGUUCAGUAAAUAAUAUUUGUUUAUUCUAUAAAAAAAAAAGAACACACUAAACUAUCAUAUAAUGCCGAUGACGCAGUAGGCUGCUUGGCUAGAGCGCAGCGUAGAGGAGCUUAAUUGCUUUGAUCUUUCACGUACUUUAUGUCAUUCUCCAGCGCUAAAAUAAGAUUCUGUAACAUAUUUUAAUAUUAUAAGCAUGGCUUUCGUGUACUCUUAAUAUUUAUUUCAGAUGAUAUCUGGCCAUAUAGAUCGACAUGUGCUCAAUUUGGGCUAUUUUCUUGGAGUUAAUUAAUUUUCGUGUAUUUGAAUAUUCAGUUUCAAAAUGGUCAUUUAAACAUCCGUGAAAUUAACCGCUGGGAACAUCCCUAUAUACGAUCUAGUUAAUUUGUCAAUAUCAGAGCCAAUAUAUCUGAUCCAAAUAUAAGAUUGGUGUAUUUCUAAUAAAAAGUGCUCUGAUUCUGAAAAUGCAUAAAUUCUGCAAAAGGAGGAGUGUUCAUACAAAGGUACACGCACAGAUGACACACUAGCCUUUGCAGCCAUGACAAUAUUUUCCCCCAAUAUUUAAAUAUUUGGUGAUUGUAGCUGUUUAUAUAUCUGGAGUUCCUCUCUCUUUCUCUCCCUCGCUCUUUCAGACAACCAUGAGUAAAGUUAUCGAGUUCAACAGAAAGCAACAAGACACUCUUAUAUCCGCAGUGACCCUGGAGACAACUUGCCAUUUGUCUAAUUAUACGUUACAUAAGUGUCAUUGUUGAACUGAGUUUACAUUGUAAACAAGCAGAACUAAUUCAGUGUAAGCGCAGAUGUGCGGAGCUUUGCAUGUUGUGUUAUCUACAAACAUUCAUGUGAUGUGAACAGUGAUGUCACUUUAUCAUUUUUUACAUUACUAGAUCACCUCAGGAUACUCAAGCUGAUGAAAACAAACUUGCUUGUAGAUGCUUGUUUGUCACUAAAGACCAUCACUCUUAAACCUGCCACAGAAUGAAUGUUACCAUGAUCCCUCUCUGUGUUUUUGCAUGUGAUGAACUCGUGUUUCUAUGGCUGUAUUUUUACACAAAUGCAGCCUUGCAAAAUCCCUCUUUAUUUACUUAUCUGAGCUUCUACCAUCCGAUAUCACCUUUUAAGCUCUCCUUCGCUUGCGGCCCGCUUCUUGAAGGCAUACGCUGUUGAUAAUUGCAUAAUUACUUGCUGUGUUGGUGAAUCAUCUGCUAAUUACACACAGCUAUGAACGCAAAUUGAAUUAUUUGCGCUGUGCUUUCAUGUGUUUAAUUCUGUCCCUCAGUUUCUCAUGCUUUCAUGUCACUGCACUUUAUUAUAAGAAGAAUACAAAUAUAAAAUGAACCAAAAAGGGAUUUGAAAUGCUGUUUUAUACAGUGAGGUUUUCUGUGAGAGAACUAAGAAGAAAAAAAUGAUUCAAGUUUGGAGUUUCUGCGUUGACUCGGCCUCACUGAACCACUCACUCACUCAUUGGAGCUGAUUUCCCUAUUGUUCUGGAUUGAACACAGACUGCUCCACAAUAUAUUCAUAGGAGUUUCAUCAUGCUAGGAUGCACAAAGCUACAGCUGCUGUCCCCAUAAAGGACUUUGUGCCCUUAGCUUACAAUCGGAUUAAUGCUAAGAAUGUUCUCAGUAAACUGCAGCCAGUCAUGCAGGAAGUGUGUGAAUACAAACUAAUAGAAAACCUCUUGUGCAAUGUAGAAAGAAGACAGUGUGGAGACUCUUACAGCUCUGAUUAUCUCAUCUUUUUGAGAGGAAAGAAAAAAAACAAAACAGAGCAGCUGCAGAAACGUUAUUGGUCCGAGCGUUCAGAGUUGGGUUAAGGCUGCAUGUUUCUAAUUUUAACAGUGUGAAACUGUAUGGAUGAAUUUUCUUGUGGUGAUUUUGAGAAACAUUGGCAUAAAAAAAGGGAGGGUUGCUAAGGGUGGGGGAACGAGGCAGCCUCGUGCCCUUCCAGUUGAUCAUUGGUUGGAGCCACGGGAAAGGGGAGGGGCCUUGGUGCCACUGUUUCUGUAGAGAGAGGCAGAGGGAGCAGGAGUGAGUGAGAGAGAGUGAGAGAGAGAGAGAGAGUGGAGGAGACACAGUUAAGAAGGAUAAAAGAACACAGGGGGUUCUCCCAGCAUCGGUAUGCCUGCCUACCUCAUUUCCACUCCAGACAUAGCUGCUGCUCUUCUGGAUAGAAACAACAGCUGAGGUGUGCCUGUGUGUCUCUAUGUGUGUGUGUGUUUUAAGUACCAGUGACCCUGCGCGCUGCCUACAUCCUCUCAGCUCACAGCAGUCUGCUGUGAUCUUACUGGGAAGGACCAGACAGAAAGUGGAGCGGACAAGGAAGAGUGUGUAAGGAGGGACAAGAAAAAGAGGAGAAAGGAGAAGAAUCGGCUUGAAGGACAGAAUUAUCAGAAGGAAACUCUCCUCAUUUUUUCCUCUCAAUUAAUGUAUCCAGCACAUGACACAAUAAUGUCUUUUCACUGGAACCUUUGUCUGUGACUCUGUGGACUAGAGAGCGAUAGGAGCGAGUCUCAAUCCGCACCUCCGGCAGCUGCAGCAGAUGUUGAAGACAUCUCUGACUUUAUAGGGGACAGAGGUAUUUCAAGCGUUGAUUUGACUGGAAUUCCUUUGAACGAGUCACAUUGCUUGUUUUUGUUUUUGUGCCUUCAGCCAGGAAUUUUGCUUUACUGGGAAUAGAGAGAAGAUAAAGGAUACACACUCCCAUGUUUUAUCUGUUGUUAUCGUGGUGGCUGUGUGUCCUCGUGUAAAUUCAUGACAGCCUGCGCUGAGGACGAACUGAGGGGGCUCAUCUCCGUCCUUUCCAUCUCUCCUGCUUUUACGAUGGAAGAUGACGGCUGUCUCAUCGUGGAACUGCCGCAUGGGGCGCUUUGUUUGAAGUGAGACUGUACAGCUACCGAUCAAAAUACUGGUUUCUUCGGUUCAUCUUACCCUUGAAGGGCCCCUCCGACAGGUUGUCCUGCCCAAGAUGAUGAAUUCCUCCCUGGAUUCUCUGAACCAGAGCUUUACUGAACCUUCAAACUUAUCUGCUCCCUUUUGCCUACUCGAGAUAGGCUACUCGCAGACCUUCUCCACCUGCCUCCUCGAAGUCACCAUCAUACUCCUCCUCACUGUUUUGAUUAUUUCUGGUAACCUGGUGGUCAUUUUUGUGUUCCAUUGUGCCCCCUUGCUUAGCCAGCACACCACCAGUGCUUUUAUCCAGACUAUGGCGUACGCUGAUCUGCUGGUUGGGGUCAGCUGUCUGAUCCCAUCCUUGUCCUUACUCAAUCAUCUCCAAGGCAUCGACCCUAAACUCACCUGCCAGGUGUUUGGGUACAUGGUGUCUGUUUUGAAGUCAGUUUCAAUGGCAUCGUUAGCAUGUGUUAGCGUGGACCGCUACAUCGCCAUCACCCGGCCUCUGACUUAUGCGUCUCUGGUAACGCCCUGCCGAGUGCGCUUCUGCAUCGCUCUUAUAUGGAUCUACUCUGCUCUGGUGUUUCUCCCGUCUUUUCUCGGUUGGGGGAAACCCGGAUAUCACGGCGAUGUGGUGGAAUCGUGCGCAGUGAAGUGGAGGACUCGUCCAGCUUUCACAACCUUUAUCGUCGCACUGCUCUACGCCCCUGCUGCUCUCACUGUCUGCUUCACCUACGCCAACAUCUUCAAGAUCUGUCGGCAGCACACUCGCGAGAUCAGCGAGCGCCACGCACGCUACCGUCCCCAACAGCUACAGGGCCAAGGACUGACUGCGGGAACUGUGGCGAAGGACAGCAGUGCGAAAGAACAAGGACAAUUUCCUCACCUGUCUCAGCCUCAAAAAUCCCAACAGCAGUAUCAGCAGCCCACAUCAGCGUACCCAGACAAACGAUACGCUAUGGUACUGUUCCGGAUUACCAGCGUGUUUUACAUCCUCUGGUUGCCCUAUAUCCUCUACUUUCUCUUAGAGAGUGCAGGGAUCUACCACCACCCUGCAGUCUCAUUUCUCACCACAUGGCUGGCCAUCAGCAACAGCUUUUGUAACUGUCUCAUCUACAGCCUUUCCAACUCUGCCUUCAGGAAGGGCCUCAAACGCCUCUGCUCCUUCUGUUUACAGCGCAGCAGCACCGGCUUCGGGGUUAGGCACACCAAAAAAGCUUUCGUUGGCUCUGUUGAAAAAGGAUGCUUUGGGCCGGGGUAUGGAUACGGUCAUGGCCAAAUAGGGAUUGGCACGACAUGUCAUGUGUGAGGCAGACACAGAGCAAACGGAGCUUGAACUUUAUAAGAUGCCUGGUUUGAUUGCUGUAAAAUGUCUCCUCUUUAAAGCUUAAACGUGCUUUAAAGAGACAGGCGGAGGCGUUGAUCUGCCACUGCUGUUUCUGUCGCUUUCAGAGGUUACACAGGCAUCCUCUUUGCACAUGCCACAGCUGGCAGAGACAGGAAAGAGGAGUCAGGCAAAGUGAUGAAGAGGGUUUGAAAUAGAAAUGUUACGGUGUUUUGAAAUGGCACAAGGAAUGGAAAAGGGCUGCUACCCGGGAUGGCAGUGAGAGAAAACUGUGUCUGAUAACAUCAAGACGUGAACAUUUUUGACUUUGAACAUUUUUAUCCUUGAGAUUUCUUCGAUGAACAGUGAUUCCUCAGCUUGUUUUACCAAAACAACAAAAUGAUUUGAGAGUUGUGUUCAAAUAAGCUGUGUGUGAACCAUUGUGACCAUCGUUUAACAUGAUAAUCAACAACACAGUGUGAUUUAAUGAAUGCAAACAGAACCCUUCACCUAUUCAUUUUCAACACGUCGAUUGAAACCAGUGAGUCAAAAAAGUUCAGAAAGAAAUGAUGUGAAAUGAUGUAUUUUGUUUGCAUUAAGACAUCUACCCGUAAACUUGAACUAUUUACUGAUGUUGUGUAAGACAAGGUGUUACGUCUUCAUCUGAGUAAAUAGUUCACACAUUGAGCCUGCUUUUUGUAAUGUAUGAACUGUUACCCAGCUGUACAACUGUUACUCUUUAAAUCCUUAUCACAUUCAUUUUCAAAAAAUCUUUGUUGCACUUUUAUCGUUUGGAUCAUGUAAGUCUUUCAUAACUGUGUGUAAGGUAAAACAAGACCAAGAAAGGAUGUAUUUUCGCACUUAUUGUUCACUGACUUUGGUACAACUUGGGGCUGAUUUUUUUAUAAAGACUUGUGAUUGAUGGUUAAAAAAGUUUAGCAUUUAGAUGAAUGAAAUCCUUGAACUGUGAUGCUUGAACCUUUUGGGAUCGGCUGUGAGGGAUAAUGUAAUAAGAAGAAAUUCCACAGUGAUGCGUAUCUCAACAAAUAACCCUGUUAAAAUUCUUGACGUAUUGUGACUACAUUUGGAGACUUGUACAAGCUCAAACACACACAUAUAGAAACACAAGAGGAUAUACGUAAACAGAACAGACAAAAAGCCCAUUCACUGGCAGCAGGCUAACCUCUGUGCAGCACCAUGAAGAGGGGUCUGACCUCUCACCCCCAUGUGUGUGCGGGUCUGUGUGCACACAUGUGUCCAAGUCUGUUCCUGUCAUCUUGUCGCCAUGUGUUGUUCUGUGGAUAGUUUUCACUCCAAAGUUGGAAUUUAAUACAAACUGAUGAAGACCAAUAGCAAACCGAAUCAAAUCCAAAUGUACAUAUUGUAUCAUAAACUCGAAACAUGUGAAGGAGUUUUUUUCCAAACCAAGGAGGCGUGUGCCACAGCUUAUUUAGGUUUAUUUAAUCUAGCUUUAUAUUCUUCAUCUAAUCUACCAAAGAAAGUUCAACAGAUAAUCUUGGUUUCAAACUUUUCUAACAUUAAAAUUUUAAGAUCUAGAUCUGUUCCAAGUGCGUUUUACACAAAGUUAGUGUAGGUUUUCACUGCACUGUGUUGGCUCAGUGAUGCCUUAUGUGCAUGAUUACGACUGUUUCUCAGUAUAUGUUGCCUUGUUAAAUCAAUGAAAAAAAGGACUGUUGGGAAAUUCUUUUCCUCUACCAUUUCGAGAGGGCUCAAUUUUUAGGCGUGUGACUGUUUUUAGGAGGAAUGACACAGACUGGAAAAUGUAUCUUAUGUGUAAAGACGAACAAGUAUAUUUGCCAGCCUUGAUUACACAACAUUCAGUUAUUAAAUGUGACUCUUCAGUCAGCUGCUCCUUAUAUAUUUUUUAACCUUUGCUCCUGACUUAUGUAAAGGAAAAAAACAGGAGCAAACACAUGACUCAAAGUGUUCGGGGGCUUUUUUUUUUUUCCCUUUUUUUUUUUUUGCAUGCAGUGUCGGUGUGUGCAUAAGUGUGUAUGAGUGUGUUCUCAUGUGUGAGGAUUCGACCACUGGCUGAAUUGGACUGUUUACAGUGUUCUAGUAGGGUGCUAACAGAGUUAUCACCUGUCAUGGCUUUAUUAGCGGCACAUCACUUCUCUUCAGAAAUACUGUACUUUGUGAGUUUAUGUGAGUAAGGCGUGCACUGGUGGUAGUUAGAUUAAACUGCUGUAUUUAAAUAUUUUGGCUGUAAUAUGUGAAGCAUUGCCAAAUAUUGUCAUCUUUCCUAUUUAUACUUCUAUUUGGUGAGAAAUGGCGUGUAUAGUUAUGGCAUGUACAGAAAUGGCAUAUUGAAUGUCUGAUUGUCAAACAACAGAACUUUAUUUUUGUAAAAUGUCUUUCUGUUUAUUCACUUGAGAAGUGAUAAAUGUUUCAGAUUCUUCAGAGGGUUUCGAGCGUGCUUGCUAUUUGAAAUGACCGAAGCUGUAUCUUAAUGAAGAUUUGUUGUAUUUAACUUGGACAGCUCAGUUCACCACGACUAUUUCCCACAGUAGUUAAUGGUACAGUUUCUCAGACAUGUUUUGGAUUGAGGGCAAAGUGUCUUGGGAAAUUAUUUUGCCAAAAUGUGAUCACAUUAGCAUUCACACACACAAACAUACACACACAAAUACAUGCAUUCCAUUUUUCCUUUGGGAAAACAAUCAGCUCUCAUGAUCUCAGGGGAACAACACUCUGGGUGUGUGGUAGAGCAGUGCCAUGGGAGUGGGAUUAGAGAAAGAAUGAGGGAAUAUGGACCUGAGAGCUGCAUAAGAAAGUCAUUUGUAGAAUAAAUUGCAUUUGUCCCUUAUGUCAGAGAGGGAUAGGUGUUGAUGAGUUAGAAUCAUUUGUGACCUUGUACUACAAGAACAACUUAUUUGUAAUAAGUGUAAAUGAAAAGACCCUCCUCAGAUAGUGGUUUCCAGAUAUGAAAAUGUAAAUGAAAUAUGCAAAAGGUGCCAAACAGGAAUAUUAAAAUGGUUUCUAUCUUCCAUAGUUAAUGGCUGUAGAGUAAUUCCUCAUAUUACACACUGUUAUUUGUUUUAUCACAUUCCAUCUUCUACAACAUCCCAGAAACACGAGAGAGUUGCUUUAGCUUUUUCUUCUCAUCUCACUUUUCAUGCAAAAAGCUUAAGAUGCAUCGCAACUUUGAAAACUUAGACUUUCCUGCUGUUUUAAAGCCGAGUUCUUAUGUCAGAAAUGCAGUUCGAAUUGUAUUUGUGACUUGAACCACUUGGUCAAUAAAGAUGUAAGAACAGUUUCUGGAAAUUCACAUGAUUAUUGGAAUCAAACUCAAAAAUUCAUGUUGUGGCAUAAACAUAUUGCUUUCUCACUUCAGAAAAAGUAAUAACUUCAAACAAAAUCACACUAACUAAAAAGCAGUUGGCUUUUGUAUAGAAGUGAAGAGAUUGUACAGUUCUGUGCAGCCUCACAUAGCGCACUUUAGCACACAAACACACAUCCACCCACCCAUCCAGUGGUAUUUCCUUAUCCGUCUUUUAAUCGGUAUUUGGUUUUCUUUGUUUUCAGAAGUCUGUAAAUAGGCCACACCAAACCCCCGCUAAUGGCUGACUCAUGACCCAGCUGGUCUGAGAGACAGAUUAUUCUCACAUUAAGAUCAGACUGACCACUGUAGCUGCUCUGUCUGCAAACACCCCUCCCUGACACUACACACACGUUUGUGCCCACAGUAACUGAUGAUUCUUUUCUCUUGUUAGUUUAGAUGGAGAAAACAAGCCAUUUAGAUCUUAGAUCAUAACAACCACCAAUGAUAAACUUCAAACAUCAGGGCUGUUGAAGUUGUGAUGAGGUCUUUUUAACGUGUAUGCUUUCAUGAUGAAGAAUUUUGGAUGAUGGUAAAGGUCAAACAUGUUUAAUUUCAUGAUCAUGAAAGUGGCUAUUUGUGACGAAUAAGAUAUUUUCAUUACAUGAUGCUUUGUAGGUGUUAGGCUUCUAUGGUGUUCUACGAUGUACAUGUGUAUCUGUAACGAAAGCAAAUAAAUGUGACGUUAUUUCAACGCAUCCGUUCUUUCAUGCACAAAACACUUUCCUUUCUGGGGUUAUAUGAACAGGAGUCGGACAGAAGGCUUGUGUUUGUUCUGCUGGCUUGAGGGCAACUAGACUAGAUAACAGGCAAAGGAAAUUUCUACAAGCACAGAUUUAAUAACGGUUUCCUAAAUCUGGUGUGUUUUGGUGAAGUUUUUAAGAGAUAAAUGAAUAGUGGCAUUAUAUUCCCGCAGGCUCGGCCGAAACUAAAUUCUGGAAAACCUUUCUUGAGAACGUUUAUGGAAAUAUAAAACCAUCAAAUUUGUGGGUCAGUCUGAUUAGGGAUGUGUUUGUAGUUCAUGGUGCUGUCAUUUGAUUUAUACCGCCUCUCCCUCUGUCAGCCCUGUGCCGAUCAGAUUCAUAGUUUGCAUGCUCUUCUUGAGCUGAAGCAGUAUAUUCAGUGCACAAAUGGCACAAAAAGUAGGGCAUGAGACGGUGAUUAAGAUUUAAUGAUGGAUGAUGCGAAGGUGAGGAAACAGAGCUAUGGGUUGCCAGAGCAUGUGCUCUGUUAAUCACUGGUUGUUGCAAAAGAAACGCUGAAAGCGAUAAAUCACAAUAAUCACUAACUCUUUUAUGUUAAAAAAUAAUUCUGUUUCAACGAAAACACACUCAGGUACUGCUAAUUAGUUUCAAAGCUUUGACUGGACUUCUGCAUUCAUUUUGCAGAUCAGAAUCUUUGCAUGUAACAAGAGGAUCAUCUCUCAGGCUGUGGAGUUUCAAAUCAGCUGUAACCACCUUAAGUUUUCAGUAUUAUUCUUAUUACCCGGCAACAAAUCUAAGAACAAAGGUCGACACUAAUGCUGCGUUCGAGUUACCUCGGAAGUCAGAUUUUCGAGCUAAAAAUGACGUCACACCCGAGUUACCAGCGUUUCAGGUACUAAGUCGGAAAAAAGUGAAAUCAGAGGUGGAAACAAGAUGGCUACAUCUAUGAAAGUUAUUUUAGCACUUGUCUUGUCUGAAUAUAAGGCAAGUCCGUAAAUACUGAUUUAAUAAUGAUGAAUUAAAAAUGAUUAUUUGCAACUACUAUCGCAGAUCCAACUGUCUGAAUCAUUGCAACAUUAACGGUACAUUCUCACCAGUGACUUGCAUAUAGAUUUAAAGCGAGCAUCUUUCACACAAGAGUGUACACAUCAGACUUUUUCUGUGGGCUUAUUUUCAAUGGCUGGAUGAAGGUUACUUCUCUCGUACCUUUCCUAAGCCUGUUGACAUUUUCCUGUCAUUGAACCAGUCCUUCAGCGCUGUCAAAGCCCUGUACCAUGCUCUGUGUUGUGUUUGCAACCAACAUUUUUUUUGCCACAGUAUCAACAGAGAGGUCAGAGGUAAAUGUCCUCGACUAUUUUCUGUCUAUGGAUUUGAUUUAACAAGUGGGAUCAGAUUGUAUAAGAAUUUUCCAUCAAGAAUUGAAACGCUGUUGCUAUGGGGUUUUAACCAAUCAGAAUCAAGUAUUUCCACACACAGCCGGAGUAUUUAGUCAUUUUAACUUUGAAAUAACAAAAGUGUAGCUCUCAGGGUUGUUCAGGUUGAAAAGCAAAGCUUCAUUCCAGCUUGAUAAAAGUUACCACAUGUUCCCUCUGCAUGCUAACAGAGUCCUUUUGGAGUAAAGAAAGAAAAACAGAAUGACAUGUCCGCUAUUGUGUUGAGUCAGAGAAAACCAGGGACUAAAACAAUAGACGGCUAGCUACACAGCCUUCCCACGGAAGCCAUACUCUGGUACCUUAUUCCCUGCUUCACGCACACUCAUACCCACACACAGAGUCACAUUUUCAACCACACACACAUGCACUGUAGCUUUUUCCAUUUUUGGCUUACCCCCAGCCAAGGCUUUUUAUUGUUUGUCUGUAAAAAAAGAACAUGCUUUGUUCUUUGACUUCAGUUCAGUCGCUGCACUUGAAUGCCCCUUAGUCACUUUGGAGCAGUUGGUACUUACACACAUGCACCACGUUGGCAAUGUCCCUUAAAUGUAAACCUAGCAUAAGUGGAAGUUGUGGAUGCAGCCGGUUUGAUCACAACAAAAGUAAAACAAACUUUUGGGGGGUAAAGUGAAGAGCUGGGACCAUAAAAAGAAAAAAAGAAACAUUUUCUUUUGUGUCAAAUGUGAUGUUGGGUGUUAGUGGAAUGUUAUGCCACAUUUCUUUACCGUCACUGAUGGUCAAUUUGCACAAUAGGUGUUUGAAAAAAAAGGGAGUGUCUGGCAUUUAAGAUGCAAUCCUAUGGUUUAUAAUAGAACUGAGUUUUUUACUUUUUAAAAUAAAUUGUAUUAGAAUCAAGUUUCAUUAGAGGUCGUAUGGUUCUGUGAUUUUUUUCCACCUCUAAGUCCUGAGUCUUGAGGAAAGAGUCGUAGUUGAGGACUGAGUAUGCUGUCAUUUUAAUUCAUCAGAUACAGAUUGAAUCUAGUAUGCUUUUUCCACUCAGCAUUGUCUACAUUGGUUCAGUGCUGAAGUGUCUCAUAAUAACAGCAUUACAAAAAAAAAUAACAACAGCAUCUGCAUUGGUCUGCUUUGUCUUGUUUCUGCAUUUGUGUCUACUCUGUUGUCUCUCUUGUCUCUAAAGUUAUUGUUUGAACUCUCUCCAACACUUCCACCUACUAUUCUGAGACACUGGAUGUGUUUUCUGUCCCCUCUCACGCUAACCUCAUCCCAGCCCUUGUUUCGACCGAUCAGACGGACGGACAAAGUGGAAGCUAAUUGGCCGUUAUGUCAGAGGUCUUUGUACAUGCUCUCAGCACUUCAGAUAAGUAUCGCUAAGUGGUGCUUGAAUAAACAUGGAUCCUUAUCAUUCACUGAGAGACCGAAGCCCGAUGUAAUGGGCCCUUCACAGUGGAGCUCUGACCCCGUGAUCCAAAAAGCACCAAUACCAAUCGAUUUGAUCGUGAAUUUAAAUAUUACCAGACAGCCUUAGUGCAAGACUGUAUCAUAAUACAGUUAAACUUCUAGCCUCCUUGUUAGGAUGAAUAGACAGAAAAAAAAGGUAAUGUCAAAAUGAUAAACAGUCACUUAGUUUGCUAAUCAUUUUACUCCAACAGUUGACAAGGAAGCAACAACACUAGGACUGCAACGAUUAGUCGACAAAUUCAUCGACACGAAAACGAAGCGUCGACGCGUCGUGUUAUUGUUGUUAAGAAUCACAUGCCGGCGCCUCAUGCUCAUCUAUAACUGCAGUGCACUACAUGAUGUGCUGGGGGCAGUAGCGCUCGCUGUUUACAUCCCGCGAGCAAACACAGAAGAAGAAAGCACACAUUAUGGCGGAACAAACGGAAAAAGACGCUCCAAAACUCCGACCCAAAACUUCAAAAGUUUGGGAACAUUUUACGGAGAACAAACCAAAAAAACACGUUGAUCAAAGCUCAGCUUUCCUACCAUGGCAGCACCACGGCGAUGCAUGAGCACCUGAAACGCCGAAACCCCGGAAAUAGGUGUUUAUAAAUAAAGAAGAUAGUGAUUAAUCGUGAUUAAUCGGACGACUAGUCGAUAGAUUAGUCGACAAAAAAACAAUCGUUAGUUGCAGCACUAAACAACACAGAUUUUGGUGUGUAUGGAAACAUACCUAAAAACAAAAGCAUCCGCAGGUCACUAGAUUAAAUAUUUAGAACAAUCCACAUUAUUUAAUCUUCUAUCAUAUCUAGUGUAGUUCCUUGCCCACACACACUCGUAUGUUAUAGGGUGUGGUGGAUGUUGUGGAAUAGACUUAAAAAAGCUCUCAGUUGUUGGUCUCUGAUCCCUCUUAGCUCUAUUUUCAUCAUUCUGUUCUUCCUGUAUUUCUUCGUAUACCGGAAUUAUUUUCGUUUCUCUCUCUUCCUCUGUGGAAGCUGGACCAGAAACCUUGGAAAAAGGGAGAAAGAGGGAGGGAGUUAAUAGUUACACAAGCUGAUAGACUAAGAAGGGUUAAUUAGCGACAUAAAAGACAGCGUUUUUCAAAGCACUGCUGAUCACAAUUAAGGGAUUUGUGAGGUAAUUUAUAUCUGCUCUGACCUUGGGGUGGAAGAAUGGCUUUAAUAUUAGGGAUUUUAAGCCCCUGCAGGGAUUAAAGGUAAUCUUCAGUGCUUAAAAUUCGACUUUGAGAGAAGCGCAGGAUGCUGACAAACUCACUCGGUACUUUCUGGUGUAAUAAAAACAAUCUGUGGAUUAUUGACUUCAAAAUUGAGAAGUUGCCCUAUCUUGUAUUUGUACUUUGCCCUACAUACAACCCCGAGUUUGGAGCCAUCUCACCUCCCAAAUAAUAAAAGGAUUAAUCUUUGAAUUUGUACUUGACUUUCCAUGUUUUGCCCUUGGUGUCUUAGACCUGCAUUACUUAUUUGGAGGCUGUUUGUUGUUCCAAAUACUCUGACCAUCAAUAAUGAAUUGGGUUUUGAUUUGUCUCUUUUUUUAUUCUUUAGUCUUUUCUCCAGUGGAAAUAGUGACUCGUGUGAAAGUGCGUGGUAUUCCCUCGGUGUAUUACUAUGACAUCAGUGUGGAGGGAUAUCCCAGAAAAGUAUGUUGCCGCAAGCGUGUUUAUGCCCUGUGUGCUGUCGGGGUUAAGAACACGCCUCUGCUUGUUCCAGUUUAUCCUAAACCUGAAUACUUGUGUUCUUUUACUUUUUUUUUUUCAACAAUCUGUACAGUUAAUCCCUGUGAAUCGAACUGCUGGAGUAUGAAUACCAUAUGGGCCUUGAAAGUAUCGAAUUAAUGUAGAUGAAAAUGCACAGUAAGCACAGUGAACAGGUCGAUAUAGAGGAAAUAAAACCAGAUGGCUGUUCCAGGUCUUGUCUCACUCUUAAGGAGUCCAAUGAAACUGUUCUCUCAUGGACCACCCUGAUGGGGUUUUCUCUGCUGAAAAAACCUUCUUGCCAUGCAGAAUCUCUUACCUAUAAUCCUCCCAUAUAAACAGAAUAGACGGUAUACGUCACAAUACAUGGAUAUAUGGUGAACCAAUGUUUCCUUGGUGAUAAAAAAAAACAUGUAUUUAUUCAGCAUCUGAAUGAACUUUUCUAGUUAAUUUGUCAAUUGUAAUGAGACAAGUGAUGCUCCAAGCAACUAAUACCUCAGAAGACUGGAGUUCCACCUUAAAGUCACCAAUCUUAAGUCAAGAAAACAGUCAGUAAACAGUCAGAAAUAAGUGCAGUCAAGUUUAUCUUCAGUUUGUAGAUCAAAAUUUUGCUUAACACCACUGGGCAACAAAAUGCUAUCUGUCAUCUAUGCUUGUUUACCUUUGGAUAGUAGAGUGUUAGACAUGCCAAUUGUAGGCAUAGGAAGGUAGUAAUGCUACAUGUGCACAGUUUCCAAAUAUAGUAUAAGGUUGUGUGUGUUAGUCGCUUCCAGAUAUUACCUGGUUGACUUUUGACAAGAAAUGAUAACUGAUCUAAUUUUUGUUCCUUUGUAUUGUUUCUUUUGUUGUUGUUGCUGUGACUGAGCCUCUUAGAAGCAUGCAAAUAUAGGUUUAUUACCAUGUCAACAAUUAGCUCAAGCAGGGGUAUCCUGAUAUGCCUUUUUAUACUACUGAUGCAAUACCGAUAUUGACCAAUACCAAUAUUGAUCUGAUAUUGACACAAAAUUGUAAAUGACAAGUUUUUCACUCAGCUGCAAUGUCUUUUUCAGACUUGAACAAAAAAUACUGCCACACGGCCAACAUCACUUGUUUGUACCUUAGUACACACUGCUGUUGUGAUUACGUGGGCUCUGCAUGCUGGAUCUGGGUGCUGCUACAUAGAGGUGCUGGAGCGGAGUCUGGAAUGGACUGCUUGUAUCAGAGUUUGGAGAUUGUAGAUGCAGGCCAACAUAAUCCGAUAUUCAUUUUUUUUUGCUGAUAUCGGACCGAUAUCUAAUAUCAAUAUCAUAUCGGGACACCCCUAGCUCAGAGCAUUGCUGUUUCAAGUAUAGCUCCAUAAAGUUGUGUUGUUGAUCUGCAUUAUGUUCUGAAGAUGGUAAAGCAAGGUUUUAAACAAAUACUAAAUUCAGUUUUUAAAAUGUAAUAUUAUGAAAAUGUGCUCACAUGUCAACACAAACUUCAAGAUCGGUAGAGAUUAAAUUAGAGAUGAUUAAUUCACACCCACAUAUUGCUAUGAUCCAUUCAAACCUCUUUACAUAAAGUCCUUAUUUAUAGUAUUUUAGAUCACAUAGCACAAGACUCUCCGUCUGUUUGUUUUUUUCUGUCUGUUUUUGACGCCAAUCUAACAAGUCUAACAAGAUCUCAUCAGUUUUUACCGAGGUACUCGAACACAGACAAAUGGCACCUUUGAUUUCACAAGAAUGGCGCUGACGGCUCUUUCCCUGCUCAAAAACAUUUUUAUUCACACCUACACACAUCUCCUGCUCUGUGUUUGAGUCAUCCAUCUCUCCUGCCCUCCAGACAGAAGGUCUUAGAGUUGAUUUAGCGUGUUACAGGUUAGAUUGGUGGUGGUAAAAAGUGUUAGGAUGAAAGCAUAGACCCUUUUAUCAGCUUGAUAUUGGAGUGCAGCACGUGAGCCUUGAGCUUGUAUGUUCUCUGUUAAUAUCAUUUUAAAUACAGCGAUGUUUCGGAUUUCGCUUGGAUUAGUUAGAAGAGUGAAGGGCAAAAUGUCAGAAAUGACUUUCAUUUCAAUGUGGUCAAGGAAAUUAAUUUUUGUAGUAUCACUGCUGGCGAUAAGAGUGUGGGUUUCCAAUUCUUUCUCCGAAACCAUGUCCGAUAAUGGAUUUGAACUUUCUUCCUUUUCAAAUUUGAGGUUUCUGAGUUCCUUUGCCCUUUCAUAGACUUAAUAAGCACAGUUAGUAUUACCCGUGGCUUUUAUAGCAUGCUGUUUUUUCGUGUUUUCAUGUUUUAAAUUGAUUAAAAUUAGAACAGAGAUAAACAGAGACGGACAGCUGUGCACAGUCUGUCCUGGAGGAGAGAACACUCUGUGCUUCCAGUAAUUCAUCCUGCUCCAUACCAUAAAUCUAACAAAUGUGAACACUGACCACUGCUGGGCCUCUGUGGAAUUAACUCCCGGUAGUUGUCCUGUAAACCUUGUUGUGGAAUGUUUUAAUGGUUUGAUCGCUCUAUGGCACACUUUCUAUAUUUAUCGAAGCCCCUCUUGACCUUACUGUCUGCCCCCUCCCUCCCUCCUGUCUCGUUGUUAGGAGUCCCCUCAGGACAGUGCCAUCACCAGGGACAUCAACAGGACAUUCCCAGCUCACGACUACUUCAAGGACACUGGAGGAGAUGGACAGGACUCCCUGUAUAAGAUCUGCAAGGUGAGAAACAAAGACGCAAAAUAGGGGAUGUUUGAUCGCAGUUUGAGGAUCAACAGAGGGCCGCUCGAAAAAAGAAGAUUGAUCGCAUGACCAGUAUCAGCUGACUGUGUGUCACAAGAGGCACGAACCUCAGCAGCAUGUUUCUCCACCUCCAUCUGCUGCUCUUUGCGCUGCGAUUCGCUGAAAAAUGUGACUAGAGAUCAUCUGCUUGUAUUCAGAUCUUUCACAAUGACAUUUUUCUGCUGUUGACAGUCGCUUUGAAACCUUUACAAGAGGCUAGCAUGACAUGACAAGGUUUGGCAAGAAAUCAAACAAACACAGACAGGACAUAUGAUCUAAAAUUAAUGUUAGAAUAUUGUGUCUGCUUUUCACAGACUCAAGCGAAUACCCAUAUUGUGGUGUUAUAAAAUUAAAAGGGAUUGGACAUAUGAACACCCCUCCCCCAUUUAAACAAGACUAUAGUGUCAAACCCAGAUCACGCUGGCGUAUGAGAGCAGAGAUAGAUGUUGUUUAUAAGUUACUGUGGGUUCACUUCUCAGAAAGCUGAGUGUGUGUCUGUGCUUUGAAAAAUCUUUUAUUACACUAUUAAGUCGUGUGAAGUUACAUUUCCUGGAAUGGCUGUUGCAUAAUGAAGGUACUUGAACAACAUAAUAACUCGUGAAGAGUUUGUUAGAUAUCACAUGUUUUUCAUCAAGCAGCUGAGUUUUAGCUGAGCUACAGUAGCAGUGAUUUUAAACCACACUGUAGGGACUCAGUGUUCUGCUGCUGAUUCCUUCUCAGCCUCAGCUACAGUCUGCUUCUUUUUAAAUCCAUGUCGUUGUAAAUCAUUCUGUAAAUCAUUCUGAUUCUCUGUUUUUACUUACCUGCGUGGCUGAAUUGUGCGUACACCCUAAAAGGAAACAUUUAGAUCAGAAAACUGAAGCGUUUGUUAAAACCAGUGUUGAUACUAUCUGAAAAAUCCAUGUUGUGGUGGAAUGCGACACUGAACCGCCCACCUCUAUACAGUCCCAAACACUCCAAAUAAAAGAUGUUCUGCAUGAAGAGAAACAACAGAUAAAAACAAAAUGUUGCAGAGUUAUUUCAUCCCCAUUCACUGGUUACAAAUAUCAUGUUGCCGUAGUUUUUGGUGAUAUUUAAAGUUAUUGUUCUUCUGUAAAUUUAAAACCCUUUAAUUGUCGAGAUUGGUGCUGUUUGUGAAAAACAGCACCUGGUGAUAUUUCAUCUGCAUUUUCACUGGUUAGACAUAGACACUUUGGUUAGGGAUGUACUGAUCCAAUACUUGAUAUCGGUAUUGGUCCCAAUCAUAGACUGUAUAUACAUUGGACAACUUGGUUCCGCCUACCGCCUGUAUACGGAUUUAAAGCCAAAAAGCUCUCAGUAUUUCCUCAAUUUUUCUUCAUUUCCUGAAACCAGCGCUGCGCUGUAGCAAUGCGCGCAUUCGGGCACGCAGUCGCUGAGAGUCGCUGUGAUGACGCUCGGCUCAAACAACGUAUCCCCCGGGAGAGCUACGCAAUCUUUGUACGCCCAUAGGCUGUAUCAAGUGUUAAUCCUAGAAAACAUUAACCCCCUAAUAAAAAAGAGGACUUGAGCACAAACCAGUCUUGCAAUAACUACAUGUCAACAUCACAAGCAGGGGGAGAAUAAUUUAUGUUCUGUGUAAUAAAUUUCUAAAGUUUGUCCACAGCUCCAUAAACUUUGCUGGAGGAGGCGGGAUUUAUGACUUAUACUGUAGCCCGCCAACAGAGGGUGCUGUUCUAGGAGUGGCUUCACCCAGCGAGGAGGCAGACUCUGUCCAUUCUUUAUACAGUCGAUGGUCCUGAUACUGAAGAACAUUCUAGAUUGGAUAUCGUGACAAUGGGCCCGAUGCAUAGGGGCCGAUCUAUUCAGUCUAACUCUAUGCUGUGACUGGCAUCCACAAGUAAACACACUGAGCGGAUGCCCACAUUGUUUUCAAAAUGGGGCGAGCAAAGGGGUCUGCUUUCUUGAACUUUAUCACAAUACCUCAGCCUACAAGCUAGACGGCCACUUGUAAUACCUGUGCAGUAAAUGUUCCGAGGGGCAGUGGUAAAACUUCAGGUUACAACAAAAUUCUGUAUCAGAAUUGGAUCGAUAUCGGCCAUUACUAAACUGUAGAUAUCUGUAUCGGUAUCAGAGGUGAAAAAACAGUAUCAGUGCUUCCCUAGUUUUGGUUGCAGAAAUGCUCAUUGCCGGAACCUCUCGGAAACAAUAGCAAUCCCCAUCAUGUGCCGCAGACUCACAUUUCCCUGUAAAGCCGUGUAAUUACUGCGCUAAUGACUAUCUGUACAGUAGGUCUGAUGAUAAAGUUAGUGGAGCAGUAGUGAGAGCUGUCAGAGCUAAAGGGUGCUGAUCAUUAAUUAACUCAACAGCCACUCUGUUUCUGGGUGGUUCAGCGAGUUCAGUGCAGUCUCCGCCUGUCUAGGAAAAGCAACAAGUUUUAAAUCGAAAAAAUCCCACACACCCUUCGAUAACGCUGCACAGCUGACACACACACACACACACACACACACACAUUUAAACACAAACCAGGGAACUAAACACUGUCGCUAAACACUCAUUGAUUUGGACCCGUCAGUGUUUUUCGCUCUCAUGAGUACGGACACGUGCCUUUGCACUGCAGACACACACAUAUGAGCAGUUUAGCUGCAGUUUGCUCACAGAUUUUUUUUUUCAUUACAUUCAUUAUGUAUAGCUCAGGUGAAGACAUCCAUCUCCUCACAGACAGGCACCUCCUCAGGUGUGUGUGAAUUAUUCAGUGAGCUCCUUAUUUUCCUGUGUAUGGAUUGAUCCACACUUUGUCCAUUUGACUGUUUUUUUUCCCUCAAUAUUUGUGUUUGUAGCUCACUAGGCCAGUGCGACCUUUUUUCCAAACUCCUGCUUUCUUUAUAUUUACUCACCUUCACCUGCAGGAACACCUUUCUCCAAACCUCUACUCUCUGUUUGCCUGUGCUCUGUGCUCAUGGUCAUAUUUCCUUUAUUUUCCUGUACUCCACACACACUCCCUUCCUUCAUCCAUUUUUCUAAUACCAGUAAAGGGCAAAUUCACAAUACAACCACGUGUGCAACCUCCAGGAAUAUGGAUUUCUAAAUAUAGAGACAAGGACGCAGAUAUCUCUCUUAGCAGAUUGUACAAAAUAACUCAAGUGCUCUGUAUCCAAACAAAUCUGGAGUGGGAUAAGAAAUAUUUAUACAGUUGUAUUUGGUUAAAACCGUGGUGUGUGAACAACAGUUGUCUUUAUUUCUGUGUGUGUAAUUCCUAAACGUCUCUUCCUUUUUUCUGUUUAAUGCUGUUUAGCUUUCAGGAUUGCUCCAGGCUCAUGGGCAUCUUCUUCACCACCUGUCUUCAUUCCUGUUCAGUAUUUGCUGCUGCUGAACGAGCUCUAGGCCUGUUUUGCCAUCUCCUAAGACAAGAGUUUUACACGUAUUAUUAACAGCUGUUUUUUACUUACGCCCCACAUCAGCUGUUCAUCUCACUGCCACAGUGCAGCCGACCUGUUGUUACAGUCAGAAAUGCUGUUUUACUGUAACUUUCACUGUUGGUUUGAAUCAAUUUUAGCUGCGAGCUGACUGCAGCAUCUGAAAUUACAUUAUGAAUAAUAAAGUUUAUUAUUUGCACUCACCAAAAUAUGAGCAAGGUGCCUUAGCAAGAAUGUGAAGUACAAGAAUAACGUACACGGUUACAGAUCAUAAAUAAAACACUAAUAAUAAACCCCAGCAUUUACAUUUUUCUGGACUAGCAACCAGCCAGCACGUUUUCUCCUCCUUUUUGAAUCCUAAGUGAAACACAUUUUCUCACUGUCUGCUAUUUUGCCUCUGUCCUCUCCUCCAGGCCUACUCUGUUUACGAUGAGGAGAUUGGCUACUGCCAGGGACAGUCCUUCCUGGCUGCCGUGCUGCUGCUGCACGUGAGUUCAACGUAUCAGCAAAAAUCCUGCCUUUCAAACAAUUUCAAGAGCUCAGAGGGACUGUUUUGUUUUCAUUUGACAUUGGUAUCUUUUAUGACAUUCUGCAAUGUGGGGAGGAUUGGCCUCGCUUCUUUUGGAUUUCUUCGAGCCUUGUGUGUGGUGUAUUCAGCACAGGAUAUGAUCUGCAGGAGAAAAAAAAAAAAGAUCUCACGUGCAAGGUGGCAUCUGUGGGAUACUGACAUUUUAUUUUUAUAAAUUAUGUAUUACAUGUUCCUGUUCAUCUGCCACCCUGGAGCCUGCAGUUGCAGCACAGGGCAACACUGCCCCCUUGUGGACCAAUAAUCUCUCAUAAGAAACAACACUAAAGGAGAUGUGCAUGCAGAGUAGUUAUUUAAUAUGUACAGCUUGGUAAUUGAUCUACAGAUAAUCAUUUGAAAAGAAUGUGAGGAACUAAUGUGUCAGCUUAAAUAUUUUUUGUUUCUACUAUUUCUGUUGAUGUUUCUGUACCUGUCAGUUCUCCGUCUCAGGGCUUUGCAGUUGAAACAGAUAUAUGAUAUAAACAAGGCAAAUGUCACAACUUUUAACAACGGUGCUACUGACACCGCUGCCUUAGACAAUGCUUUAGAUGACUUUAAAGGGAUCUGAAACUCACCAGCUUUGCUGCUACCUGGAUUGCAAUACAGGAUCUUACUCUCUUCUUUGGGCCCAGAUGUCAAUGUCAACGUCAAUGUCAGCUUUAUUUAUAUCGCACAUUUAAAAACAGCCAGUGGCCAACCAAAGUGCUUUACGGUAAAAUAGCCAGAGACAGUAAAAACAAUUAAAAAACUAUAAAAACAAUAAAAGCAUAAAACAACAAUAUAGGUAAACAUAGCAAAUAAAUAAAAUACCCAAUCAAAGCAGCUAUACUUCCCCAAAAGCUAAAGUGAACAGGUGCGUCUUCAGAAGUGUUUUAAAAGUGGAAAGGCUGUUCGCAGUGCUCACUGUAAGGGGUCAAGCGAGAUGUAUCUCAUCCUGAAACUAACGUUUAUACCGCAGUGUUAAUCAGUUUCGAGUGCCACAGUGUCAACAGGCAGAGAGGAAAUGUGUGUGAUCAUGUUGUUCCUUGUGUCACUGCAGCCAUUGGGAGUUAUUUACUACUGUGACAGGGUUUGGACCAAUCAGAAUCAAGUAUUGAGUUUCAAUAUCCGUAUGUCUUUUUCUUCCAGAUGCCCGAGGAGCAAGCUUUCAGUGUGCUUGUCAAGAUCAUGUUUGAUUAUGGGCUUCGGGACCUUUUCAAGCAGAACUUUGAAGAUCUGCAUUGCAAGUUCUUCCAGCUUGAGAGACUCAUGCAGGUAUGUGAGUCCCAAAGGUGCUUUGCUUUGUAACACAGAAUAGGACUGAAGAUGUAAUCUCUGGUCAGUAAUUGGUCUGUUUAUUCUCUCCUCCUCUUUUUUCUUCUCUUCAACAUUAUUUCCUCUCUGCUCUCCAUCCUUGUGUUUCUCUCUGUUAAUUCCUUCUUUCUCCUCUCUCCUUUCCUCUCAUCCUGAAACAGGAAUAUAUCCCUGACCUGUACAACCAUUUCCUGAAUGUGGGUCUGGAGGCCCACAUGUAUGCCUCUCAGUGGUUCCUCACCCUCUUCACAGCCAAGUUCCCUCUUUACAUGGUCUUCCAUAUCAUUGACCUGCUACUGUGUGAGGUCAGUAACACAAGACAAGAUAUAAAGAUAUAAUAUUCAUACUUACUUUCAAAGCAACUUGAUUUUAAUUUCUGUUACAGGUUUAAUUCUAGUUUCAGCUCAUUUUACUUCAUUUAAGUUUACUUUGAAUUUGAAGAUUUCCUUGCGUGAUAAAGAGAAAUUUAACAUUUCAAUACAAGCACUGUAUUUAUCCCCAAAGGGAAGGUCAUUUGUCUUGAAUCUCAGAUAAACUGCAGAUAAACCAAGUUAUAAUCUGACCUGCCCAGUGGUGGUAAGGCAGUGGCUCUGUAAGCUUCUUAAACGUUGGCAUACAGCAGAUCCAGGGUUUUGGUUUCUCUGGUAGGACAGUUAACAAACUGCGUAAAUCCAGUCAGGUGAGAGGAGAUGAUAACAUGAUUGAAGUCUCCUGAUAUUAUUACAAGUGCCUCGGGACGUUGAGUCUGUAUCCUAGCAACAGUAACACGGAGAACAUUACACAAAACUUCAGCCGUUGCCUUGGGUGGGAUGUAUGCACGUGUUGUUAUGAUGUGACUGGACUCCCUUGGAACAUAAUUUGGCCAAAGGGCAACUGCCAAGAGUUUAAUAUCUGGACAACACAAUGUGAGGCAUCGAAACAGUCCUGAUGAAUUAAUCUCAAAAAACACUGAAAUGAACUUUGCACACUUACAGUACAAACUGGGCUCACAUGCCUUGUUUUUAUUUUGAUCGGUUAUUGAGCGGCCUUAGAUGUUGACUCACUAGAUGUUGUGUAAAAUUCAUGCACCAUAAGCGCUCUGGAAUCUAUAAUUAAGUCAUAAGUGAGCAGUAUGACGCAAGACCAUUUUAGGAGGAUAACCGAUCCUUAGGAGCUGCCAGCUCUGCCCAAAUCAAUAAAAAUGUAUCUGCUGAAGAACUUAGAUACGACUGGACAAGAAUGUUCUGUCUAAACUAGUUUUUCUAGCAGGAACCAUGUCCAAGUUAUUGACUGAAAUAUACCGUCUCCAUGGUGAUGCAUGGCAUAAGAUACUGUAAUGGUGAAUCACAGAAGCAGGAACUGGGAGAAUGUUCAAGAUUUAGAAAGUGAUUGUCAGAUGUGACUACAGAGACACUUUUUGCUUCAAAUCACGUACUUUACCUCUGAUUGAAGGAAAGGUUGACCUUUCAGCAGCUCUCCAGGCAAGACAACUGAGAGGUCUCUGCACGACUUUAAAUAUGCCACCCUGUUUCAAAGACUUCUGUCAGGACUGUAGACUGAAGUUUUUUUAACUCCAUCCCACAAAGUCUGACAGCUCUGGCAAGGAAGAAAAUUUUCCAAAUGCAAACCUGCAAUUCACAACCUUUUCACAGCACUUAAUAAAAGCAUCCUACCAUAAGUUUUGUGUAGUUCAUUUGUAAUUCUCUAAAUUUUGCGUCACUUAGACUAUGUUUCUUUGUCACUAUUGAAAAAUCUAUUGACAAAAUACUGUAUCUUUCAAAGUCAUAAUACAGUCACCCUAUAUUGUUUGCAUCGUCUCUGUCAUACAUUUGUCUUUUAAGUCACUGAUUUCUCAAACUCCUGAAUAUAUGUUUGUAUUUUCAGGGCAUCAGCGUGAUCUUCAAUGUAGCUUUGGCACUUCUGAAGGUAAGGUGGUGUAAUCAUUACCACACAAUCUUAGACAACUCCACAGUCUGAUGUCGUGAAUAAAUCCUGUUAAGUGUAAGAUUAGUUGGUCCUACAAGUUGUCUCAGUUAAUCUUCACAAUAAAUCUCUGCACAGCAGCCAAUGAAGCUGCUAAACUGUGUGGCUGAGGUCCUUUUGUGCUCUUUUCUUUUUGUCUCAGACAUCCAAGGACGAUCUGAUCCAAACAGACUUUGAGGGUGCUCUGAAAUUCUUUCGUGUCCCUGUUCCAAAGAGGUAUCGUUCUGAGGAGAAUGCAAAGAAACUGAUGGAGCUAGCCUGUAGCAUGAAGGUGGGUCUGCAGUUAAAGACAAGCAAUUAUUUCCCCUUUUCAUCUGUGUCUUCUUCUUUGAAAUAUCCGAGACUUCCAGUUGGCUCUGUAGCCAAUUCAAAAUCGUGUUAGUAACCUAGAGUCUGGAAAAAAUAAAAUAAAAUUUAUACCAGUCCUGAAAACAGUCCUGAAGGGGUUCAGAAAACCUCUCCCAGGUAUAGUUUUAUAAGUAAAGACACAGGAAACGUCUGAAAGUAGGACUGAUGCUCAUCAAACAAGCAAGUCAGAAUGAAAUGUAGUCAAUAAAUUGAUGUAACACAUCCUGCACAACUACUUUCAUGCCACUGGGGGUCACUUUUGAGUUUGAAUUGAACAAUGAACGCAAGCAGGCCUCUCCUUCCAGCUCUGUCUCAUAAACACACACACACACACUCGCUCGCACCUGUGCCCUGACCUGCUUUGAGCAAAUUUCCCCAGUUUGGAAGGUCCUACUCUGAGGGUAACUUUGAGCAGGAAUAUUUAUCAGCUCAAACCCUGAACAGGAGCCAACGUUGUGAAAGAGUUGAGGUUUCUUGGUGCCUACUUUAACAGGUGGGGACACACAAUGAGCUCCUCUUAGAGAGAAAACAUGGAAUAACUCGACAUGAGAAUUUUAAUCUAAACAGCUGUAAAAGCACAUCUAUUAUAUUUGUGCCGCCCUGACUUCUCUACAUGUAAUUAUUAGCAGCUGUUCAUGUCUUUUGAAUAAAAACCCUCUACCCAGUCCCGUUGGAGCCUCUCCCCACUAUUUGCUGCAUGAUUUCAUUUCUGGCACUUUAUUUGGCAAGAGAAAGUAGUUCCAAGUCAUUAGACAAAUUGACCUCGGUGAGACCCGUGGUGUUGGAUCUGGAAGUUAAAUCUGUCUGAAGGUAAGCUAAUCUGAAGCUUGGAUGCCACUAUAGAGGGAUUAAUAGCCCAGAUUACUGCUGCCCGCAUUGACGGCUGAUACUGACUUCUGAUUAGAGUACAAAUCCUUUUGGGUUUCCACGGGGACCGGCUUUAUUCCCUGGUUUACAAAUCACAGACGGAUAUUUCAGAGUGCAAUUAAUAGUUUCUUUUGCCGUUGUAAAGUCAUGAAGUUAGUACAUUUAUUUUUAACUACAAUAACAGCAGUGAUGAGCGUGAGUCCUGAUGAAAUGAAGAAGGAAACUCUUUAACAACUUUAAGUUCUGCUGGUUAAAGGUCAUCGUUUUCUGUAAUUGAACAUGUGACUCAUAGUUUUCAUUUUUCAGAAGGUCAAAAGAAUAAUUCUUAUGAGGUCAGAUGACGGUCACUGACAUUGUCAAGGUUUGUAGUCAUUCAGCCCAGAUUUUGUUCUUACCUGUCAUCCUUUCUGACCUUCAGACUUAAUAUAUGCAAAUUACAAACUCAGUAGAUAACAAAUUCAGUGGAGUUUCCCCUCAGAAUGAUGUCGUACCAGUGGCUACAGGAGUGUACAGGGCAUGUCUGUGGAGUUAUAUUGCAUAGUGCAUAAUAUUAAAUUCUAAAUUCAGUUACCUAGCGUAACGUAAUUGUGGCUUUUUUCUCCAGCGUCUUUGACAAUUGUUGUCAAGAUGGCAAAGAGAGACACAGGGAGAGGGAAACAGAGGCUGGUGUUUUAAAAUAUGCAUCCCUUUGUUCCUAGAUAUAAAAAAACCAAAAACAAAACUGAUGAUACUUCACAGGCAUUUCGCUUCUUCAUAAUUGAUGCAAGACUUGUAAGAUGACAAAUAUUUCAUGUCUGUCCCUGACGGAGCCGUGGUUGCUGUGUGGUCUGAAUUGCUACUGGCUUGUAACUUGUCUGUAAAUGCUGUGAAAGAAAGCAGCGAUGAAGGAUGAGGCGACACCUGCCCUGAGUGACCUCUUGUACUUUUUCUCCUUGUACAUUGGCUCCCACUCACAGAACUGAAAGUGCAACCCAAUACACUCAGGGAGCAUGCGAACUCACGAACACACGCAGAGGGACAUUUAGAGCAGGACAACAUAUGGGCCAUGUUGUCCCCGUUCUGCCAACAUCAUUAGGUAGUGAGUGGAACCCAACUGAUGUAUCUGUUGGCUGAUAUUAUCAGGCUGAUAUCAAAUCCGUGUCGGUUUCUGAGUGUUUUUUUUUUCUAACGGGGUCUGGCAUGAGCCUUUGAAGUGAACAUAAACUGCUAAAAAUAGCGUUUGGUUUGAUUUAGAGAUGAUGUCUUCACUGAGUUCGUCCAGCAGGGGAUGCUCCAACUACACAGUUAACAACUCGAAACACUGUCAGGUACACAAAGCAGAGCAUUGCAGAUGAACAGACCCUGGUCUGCGCUGAAAAUGGUUGAGAAUGUAGAAUAAAUCAGAAACUCAUCCAUAAAAUCCUUUUUUAUUUACAUAGUUAUACCAAACAAUCUUUUUCUAUUUCGUUUCAAAUAUCAUGUUAUUGGCCAUAAUUAGUUAAUUUUCCCCUCAGUUGAUUUUGCUAAACUCAAGAUUGUGACAUGCAAGUGCAGCCGUGCUCACAGAAGUAUUUAGGCCUCAUUGCAUACAACAUUUUUAUACAUUUGAAUGACUUAGAUUUAACAUAAACAGGCAGAUAAACUGUAUGUGCUGCAUGUUUGUCAGACAAAUGUUAAUAAAACAAUUAAGAAUUAGAUUUAUGUGAUAAUACGAAUAAACCCAAUGUGUUCAGAGUAAAUAAUAAAGAUUGAUGUAAUCAUCAUUGAUAACUCCAAUUUGUCCCUGUCUCAUAUAAUUGAACUAAAUGAAUCUUAGUUAAUCUACAGUUUAUCAUAUUUAAACUACAUUUAUACAUUUUAAAUGAUUAAAUUGAAACGUUUUCAGAAUAAUAGAUUGAUGCUGAUUUUAAAAAGACUUGAAUAAAUAAUUCUAAAAAAUGUAAUAAUUUAGAUAAAAUCAAAUACUUAUGUAAAUGCUUAAAACUAAACUAUGCCAUGAUUCAUUUUUCUGAGUGCAUGUAUGCAAACAAAAAAACACAAUGAUGCUGCAGCCAUAACAAGGUUUCAUUUUAAUCCACGGAGUAGACAACUGAGUCUCACUUUAAUACGGUGCUGGUGUCUCUUUCAUACAGAGGAUCAGGCACAUAGUGUUCAUUUCAUGGUGGCUGUUCCUUUUAAAAGCCCAGUGUAAAUCUGAGGCCGAGAAAUGAAAGGCCUGUUGAUGAAAUCGACUAAAUGCAGUGAGUGUGUGAACCGCGACUGUAGGCAUGAAAGUGAGCGUGGUUUGAAGUGAAACACAGUUUUGUGUGUGACAGCACUGAACCUGUGUGUACAGAAUAUUGUGUCUUUCCCCUACAAUAAAAGUAAGUGACACAAAAGCUGGAUUUAGACCAUUAAAUCCAUGAUUAUAAAAUACAGUGUUAUGUCAUCAUCCCUCUGAGUUCAAAGACACAUGUGUGCUGCUUUUGGGUACAAUUCAGCCUUUGUUGAAAUGCUUCAUUUUUGUAACAGGCUGAUAUAACAAACUCAUAUAAUAUUGAUUACAGCCUUGAUGUUCAGUUUAGCAUAAAGCUUCAAAUUCUACUUAAAUUCGAAGGUAGCGCUCGAGUUAUCCUGGAUGUUGAUUUCCCAGCGAGCGAGUUUGUUGGACAGAAAUUAACAGUAGCAGACUGAGCCUGUAAUCUCUUCAUAUGUUCCAUCGCAUCGUCAUCAAAUUCAGAUCAAAGACAGCCACAGUCCAGCAAAGAUUUAAAAAAUCAUGUGUCCUUGUUUACCAAAGAUUGAAGAAAGACCGCUUUCUGGCUGCCACCUUUGGUAGACGAGCCACAGAAUAUUAUUCUGGCGAAAAUCUUUUUCAUUGUGUGUUUCACUGCAGCUACUCAUGUUACUGUUUGUGUGUCUGACAGAAUUUUUAAGUACCAAACAUUUGUUUUCUCUGCUCUCUCCAUCCGACAGAUCAGCCAGAAGAAGCUGAAGAAAUUCGAGAAGGAGUACCACACAAUAAGAGAGCAGCAGGAGCAACAGGAGGCUCCCAUUGAGAGAUAUGAGGUACAGAUGAGCACACAUAAACUCAAUCUUAAAAAUUAAAUGAGUAACCCAUGGCGAUAAAAUCAACUUGAUUUAAAGUAUUACAUAUUUUUUUUUUAUAACAAUCUGAGCUGAGGCAGUUCACAUCCUUCAGCUUCAAAGUAACCUAUUGAUUUGAAUAUAAGACAAAUACAUGUGAAAUACAUCAGACACAAGUGAUUCAGAGUGUCUUAUAAUCUAGGUCUAGUAGAAAGCUCAUUACAAUCGCACCACUUAUCUGUAAAGUGAGCGUACCACUCAAGACUGAGGCCAGCUCUCACUCAUCGCUGCGGGGCCAGGGGGAGGAAUGAUGGUGAAACAUGGUGACCGUGACAAAACAGCUCAAAAGUAGGCCAAGUUAAUCAACAACAACUGAGUCAGAGUUAAUAUGCGCUUUUUUUUUUUUUCUUAAGGAGAUGCUUAUGAAUGCAACAGACUCAUUAAAUAACUAUCAAGCAGCCAGGAAAUACGAGGUCACGGAGUGUAAAGUCUGAAGAUGAUAACAAAAAGACUGAUUAAAAUGGGUGUGUGAGAAUGCGAAUGCAGCUAAGACAAGAGGAUUUUAUUUUGAAGUGGUUAUAAACAAAAAACUUCCUAAUGUUGAUUCAUCGUUUUAUCUCUCAUAACUGGGCAGCUCAGGUACAAACAUGAAAAUUAUGCUCCACAGAGUGAAAUAACCUCCAUAAAAGAUUUUUUUUGUCUGUAUUGUAGACCUUGUCGGUCCUUACUGGGUAGAAAAAUACUACAUGUCUCCUAAAAGCCAUUAAUUGUGCACACUAUACGUCUUCUCAAGGGUAGCAGGUUGGUUUUGGACACUACAAGAUCAUCAAUUCCUGUGACCGGACCUUCUUUCUGUGUACUUUUGAAAAGCUUUGAACCAGCAAAUCUGUUUUUGUGUAGCAGAGACCUUGGGUUACGCGCUCACCGUUCAAUGACAAAUUGAUGUCAGCUUAUUAUGGUUUGCAUCAUUUCAGGAUGGUCGAGUGCACUUUAAUUUGUUUUAAUUGCAGUUUAGUGUCAGCUCUAUUCAUUUCAUCUGUGCGGACUGAGUAUCCAAAGGGAUUUGUUUAUUUGGAUCACAAAUUUAGGAUUCUGUUUCUCACUAUUUUCUCAUGAUCAAAAGUGAGCCGGGUUUUGUUGAUGAAAGGCGUCUCCUCUAAGAUGAGAAUGGCCUCAUUAGUCACCAGGAAGACAGUUGGUAAAACUACAAAAUGACAUCUUAUUAAACCAAGCACUAUUUGUAACUUUUGGUUCAGGCUGUCAGGAUUGUUCAUCUCUGGUGUCGCCCUCAACCUCUUCUUCUUCUUCUUCUUCUCUCCUCUGAGACAAUGUUUUCUGUCAGUUUUGACCACAGCUGUCUGUUUCUGUUAAUCAUGUACAAACAGGUUACGUCUUGUUAAAUAUUACAGCAGCUCUGACUGUGUAAUUACGCUCUCACCUGAUUGCAGUUAACUUUUACGCCCACAUAUUCUCGCUCGGUGCUUUGUUUCAUUGUUCUCGUACUUCUAAGCCAGAAAGAAGACAUGCUUACUCAUUCAUUUGCAACCAUCCAUGAUUCACUCCUUUUUCCUGCUCGGUUAUCUUUUACCUUCCUUCCUCUUUCUUUCUUCUCUCACUCCCCUUCCCUUACGCACUCUUUCCUUUUCUCUGUCCUACGCUUUCACUUGUUUCAACAAUCAUUCUCGGUCUUUUUCUACAUGGAAAUUUUUAACUCUUUUUUUUUCUCGUGCUGUUUGCUUCCUUUUCUCCUCCUCUUUAUGAAUCUCUCUCUUCCUCCUUCCAGCGGGAGAAUCGUCGUUUGCAAGAGGCCAACAUGCGUCUGGAGCAGGAAAAUGACGACCUGGCGCAUGAACUAGUCAGCAGCAAGAUAGCCCUGCGUAAAGACCUCGACAAUGUAAGACACCCAGAACACUUAUAUAUUAUAUAUAUUCAGAUAUUGCUUUGUCACUUCUUAGGUAUUACUCACAAAAGGCAAGGGUGUUGUGUGUUUGGCAACAAUUGUGCAACAACUGACAUAGUCUGAGUCAGGGCAACAAAAACAUGUGUUGCAAACCCUAAUUUAGGUUGAGCCUUCACACAGACAGCCUUAACGUUCACAGUCAUUAGCUAAGACUCACCUUGAACAGAGAGAAGAAGGAGAGAAAACUAAGUUAAAAGUAGGACAAGACUUACUUCUGUGACCUCACCAGUGUUGGUUAUUUUGGUGUGUGUGUGUGUUUGUGUGUGUUAGGCUGAGGAGAAAGCAGACGCCCUGAAUAAAGAGCUCCUGCUGACCAAACAGAAACUGGUGGACUCAGAGGACGAGAAAAGGCGACUGGAGGAAGAGUCUGCACAGGUUAGAGCUACUUUCAGCCCCAUGUCUAUAUUCGAGCCAUCAGUCCUGCUCCUCCUGAAAAAUCCCAUGUGGCCCCACAGGGUUACAGAUAGCGGAACAGGUCAGCACUAUUGCAUCACAAAUUCUCAGGUGACGGAAAUUUUGGAGUUAUCGUGAAAAACGCAGCUUAAAUCUGCCUUCUGGGAGUUCAGAGGGAGCCUGGUAGGAAGUUUGCAAUAUUAAUGUGACAGGCUGUGACUGAGCGGUCUAUCUUACGGACAGAGCCAAGAGCCUGCAGGUUUUCUAUCAAACUAAACACUGCCGCAACCGUGUCAAGCUCUCUGUCUAUAGAAAAGCUGUGUAAGGGCACUUUCACACCAGGUGAUGCGCAGGUUUUAUCCCCAGUGUCCAUCUAACACUGACACAGAGAGCUGUGGCUCUGUGUACCAUUACAUUUAUUGGUGAAAUAUCUAAACAGCAGGAGCUGUGUCAUCUUUGCGGUUCAUAUUUCUACAUUGUAGCUGUAGAUAUAUUUUUCACAUCAGAAAGGGGUAUGGACAUGUCACAAAUUCAAUGAUUUUAGUUUCCCAGACUGCACAACAGGGCUUUUUGUCCAGUUGUGAAACACACAAGAACCUUAAGAAUAUGUUGUAUCUAUAGCUCUAUAAGUACGUUUGUCAUCAGUCGUCAUCAUCACAAACUUCACUUCAAAAGUGAGGAGCGUACAAAGAACUUUAGGGGCACAAUGAAAAUUGUUAAAAUAAUGUUUGUCCCAUUGGUCGACAUAAGAAAUAUUAUUUUAAAUCAGUUUUAGGUCUUUUGGUCACAUGACAUGGAAGCUAUUAAAGAAAAAUGUUCAAAAUUUGCCUUUAAAUUUAACACAAAAAUUUUUAGAGGACAAAUUAGGGAAAUAAAGAGGUGUGCUUUAUUGUUCGACUUUAGUGCUAUUAUUUCAAAUCAAUUUUAGGUCUUUUGGUCUCAAGACAUGGAAGCUAUUAAAGGAAAACAGCCUUUUUUGAGAAUAUCAACCGGUAAUUUAUUGAUGGUCCCUUAUUCAACACCUGAUGUUGACAGCGAGGGUGCAGAGUAGAUUUAACCGCGCUGCUGUUGCUGACCCCGGCUAUGGAGAGUGAGAAGACACCGGUAGAUCCGCGGUGCAUGUCUGUCAAAUAUCCAACCUGAAACUAACUUCACCGCGAUAUUUCCAUGAAAAAACAUUUGUUGCCUCGGCUGAUUUUUUUAUGCGCACAUGUGCCCCUAAAUACAUUUUACAAUUCGCACACAUCUAUUUUUAGUCGAAAAUGCAAGUGAAAUGAACACACUGUCAAUGAUUGAGACAGACUCUUGUCACUGUCUGCCCUUUACAUCUGAUAACUGGCGGCGUCUGACUCCUUCUUUUCAGAUGAUCAGAGAGAGGUCCUUUAAUCCUUUUGUCCUGUUAAGCCAUUCAUUUGAGUGUGAUAUCUGCUGUUGACUGUUGAAUCUGUCCUCCUCUUGAAGGGGUAAAAAAUUAUUCCUCAGAUGGUAUAUAGACAUACACAGCACAGCCAUGAAUUAGUGAGUUUAUCCACUUUUGUUGUAAACAUCAUAAGAAGAACCCGAGCUCCCUUUAAGACACACAGACAGAUCAAGCUCACUCUCUCUGUCUCCUUUUCUGUUUUUCUUUGUUGAAGGUUUGCGUCCCUCUGUCUUUGGAGUACUAUCUUAAUCUGCUCGAGUUUUAUCAGUGUGGUCCUGAAGAGCCCUAAAUACAUCUAUUGAUGUCCAUGUAAUACUGUAAAGUACAGUCCAGACGUUAUUAAGGCUUUCUCAUCUUCUCUGACCCGACUCAUUCGCUCCACUCUCAAGUCCUAAAUGUCAGGAGAUGUCAGCUCGUCAUCUUUGAUGUUGAUAUCUCAGGCUCAGUGAAGACUCCUCCUGCUGCAGAGGACAGACCUGUCUGUUCCCAUGUGUGUUCAGCUGUGUCCUCCAAAUGUCUUCUGUCUUGUUGAGUGUGUAGCCGAAGCUGUGAGUGAUUUAUUGGUUAGCAUAGAGGUUGUGAGGAGACUGUGACUUUGCCCUGAGCCUCAGGUCUGCCAAUACCUCUCUCUGUCUUCUGUACAUGUCAUGGCAGUCACACGGUCUCAGGGGGGGCCUGCUGCUGUCCUUGGUCUCUGCCAUGCAACAUUCUGACAGUAACUAUGUGUGUGUCUGUGUGUGUGUGUUUUCACAGCUAAAGGAGAUGUGCCGACGAGAGCUCGAUAAGUCUGAAUCAGAGAUAAAGAAGAACGGCUCCAUUAUUGGAGAAUAUAAGCAGGUAGGUUCUCUACAUUUAAAUUGUUUUACGUGCAGAAAAGACUCACACUCAUAACAAAACAGGGUUCGUUACUCCUAGUUUCCAUACCCAGCACUUACAUCCUGUUGACAGUAUAUUUUUGAAGUGUUUUAUUCCUCACAGGCAUAUUUUAGAGAAGUGAAACUAAACGGUGGCAGAGCUGCCCGGGUUCCCUGAUUUGAAUGCUUUAUUUACGCUUUAGUUUAAUUUUGGAUUCAAGAUCAUCACCUCUCUGCUUUGGCUUUACCUCUCCACCACAACAGUCCGAGUCUAAAAUGAAAUGUAAGCAGAGAGGAACAGAUAAGGAAACAAAACAUCUUGGUGGAGUUUUUCCUCACAGUUGAAGCGCCCUGUUUUGUGUUUCUUGUUUGGAAGUGUUGAAGCUCAUCCAAAUAUCCCUGAUGUACAAUUAUCUGAUAACAGGGAUAAUACCAUCAAUCGAAGUGAACGUAUGAGUAGGUGAUUAUAUGUUAAUACGUUUUGGAAAACAGUGUAUCAGUUUUUUGUUGUUGUCACGUCUGUUUCAUUUCUGUGAUAUCUGUCUGAGAGAGCAGUGUCAUCUGAAUUCCACUAGUGGACAAUCUUCCCUCAUUUUGUCCCUCAUCUACCUGUUCGUUCUGCUGUGUAGAGAGAGAGGUCCAUUUCCCCCUACAGAGAGAGAGAGAGAAAGAGAGAGAGAGAGAGAGACAGAGAGAGGCUGAAUGAGUGAAAUAUCCUCUGGUAUUACGUUCCUGCAGUAAAGAUAUGACAGAGAAAAUCUGCUUUUCUCUCACGGCCUACUUAUCCUGUCGUUUUGUUUUUCAAUAUAUGUAUGAAAGCUUUAUAGGACGCCAGCGAGUACAUGUGCAUGUGCACAGAGGCUGUAGCCCUCCUCCCACCACACCCUGCCUUGAACCCUUGCUCCCUUUGCUGCAUGUCGUCCCCUUUGCUCACCUCUCUACAACUGUCCUUCACAAAUGAAUAUGUGCGAACCUCUUUGUCAAAUUAACACCGAACAUCACAUUUUGAUUUAUCGUAAUUGCUUGAUAACAUUGUGACACAUUAUCAAGUGCUUGCUCAAAGUGUAUUAAUAUUAGGGGUGGGAGAAAAAAUCGAUAUAGCAUAGUAUCACGAUAUUUUGUCUGGUGGUAUAUCGUAUCAUCUCAUUUACCAAGUAUCAAUUUUUCAAAUUAAUUGCUAAUAUGAAGUUAAAUCUAUGAUAAUGAAAAAAUAACAUCAACUGUUUGUCCAGUGAAGUUGGCGGAGGUGACAUCAUAGACUACAUGAUAAUGAAAUACAACGUAGAUAAGCGAAAGCAAAAUGCUAAACAGGCUAAACACUUGAAAAAAUUGUGUAAAUCGCAGUAUAUUGUAUCGCAAUACUCACUGUAUUGCAAAACGUGAAAAAAUAGCAGUAAUAUCUUCUCGUGGUAUCGUGAUAAUAUCGUAUUGUGGUGCCACUGGUGAUCCCCACCCAUAGGGUCUACACCUGCCCCAUAGACCAUAGAUGACCUGUUAUAAUUGGCUGUUCUAUAAUUAAGGAUGAAUUAAUUAAAGUUGAAGCUGCCAGUAGUUGACAGUCUCGUCAUAUCAGCAGCUAAUGGUCUGAAAAUGUGUAGGUUUAAUGGUUAAUUUAUAUUUUAAUUCACAGCAUAAAUGAUUGAGUGCAUUUCAAACCUUUCUGCCUCAUUCAAUUCAUUUGGCCAACCAGGCAUUAUAAUUAAAUCACUCCUCAAUAUUCUGCUUGAGCAGCAUCCAUUGGUAAAAGAGACCGAACCAGAUAACGUUUCAAUCAACGUCGUGGAUUUGUUGCCUUUACUGUAGCUCGUGGUUCAGUUUUCUCACCGCUGCUUUUGUCUGUUUUCGUGCCUCACGCUGAAAUGUGGAUAUUUGUGGAGUGAGUCUUUCAGCACCUCUGCUGAGCUCACCUCUCCUUCACUUAUCUCUCCUUAUUUGGCUCUUCUUUGAAGAUCGUAGCUCUGAUCGAGCCAUAACCAGGGCAAGAGGAGCCAUAAAUAUUUUAAGAUAAUAUUAGAGCAAUCUGAUUUCAAUCAUUAAUCUAAAACAUCUAAUUUUACGAACUGUCCCCAGGCUGAACUCGGAGCGCUCAAUGACUGCGCUUGAGAGCAUAUUUUUCGAGAUGUCUUCUCUGCAAAUUUCUCUUUUAGUGAUUUUCAUCCCCUCAGAUCUCGUCCUGUCACUUAAUGCUUAAAUAUAAACCUAUCCAGAUCAAGUACUAUUACCAUCGGCGUAGAGGCAUUAUGUAACAAUCCAGCUCCUUUCUCCUCUCUGUGGGGGCUGUCAGAAAUAGCAAGAGUACUAAUUUAAAAUCAGACCUGAGCUUCACCUGAGUCUAAAAAUACGGACUGUGGAGAGGAAACUGACAGUGGAUAUGAAACCGAAAACAAGAUCUGAUGGUCCAGCAGCCUUCAAAUUGUCAGAACAGAGUGAAGUUUUGUGCUGAGCAGAGCUGAGUGUGAAAAUGGGGCUCUGACGAAAAUAGUUCUUGUUUUGUGACAAAGAGGAAAGGGGUGAUAGAUGGAGAGAGGGAGAAAAGGAACUACAGAAGGGGGAGGGAGGACGGCGGCGUUCAAGCCCGUGGGAUUGACAAGUCGAGGAAUGCUCCAAAAUAACCUGCAUUGUCUUCCAACCCAGAUAACUCCAAUGAUUCUCCAAAUACUGUUUCAACUAUUUCACUGACUGCAGAUGCCAAGUUUUUUUUUUUUUUUUUUCUUUUUUUGUGGGAUUAGAGCCAAGAGAGCUUUGUGCGCUAAUUGCCCCUUCAGCCCACGAGGACAUAGAAACGUCUGUUAGAGUCGGAGCUAAAAACGGUGUCGAGUGGUGUAGAGUAAUCCCUCUAGUAUGAGUAGAGGCAGCGAAUGGAGAUGCGCUCAGGCUCGCCGGUACUUGGCAGGUACGGCGACAUGUGCCGGAGCUGAAGUCUCUAAGGCCUUGUUAGCGUUACAUUUGUGUUAUUUCAUACAGCCAUAGAAGGUUUCCACUGUCGACAACAAAUUAUACACAAUAGGAUUUGAUUGUGCGCCUCUCACCACUGUACGCAUUCUGCAUAUGAUUAUCACUCAACAGGAGCAAGUAAAAGUAAAGCUAUAGUAGAGAUAGAUGAUUCAUCUGAGACAAAGAUAUUCGACUAAAGUAAAAAGAAUAAAAGAAGCAUGAAAACAAGAAAUGACCCACGGGGUUCAAACCUGAAUCAUCAAAAAAAAAAAUCAAACUUUAAAAACUGAACAAAAAAUGAAAUAUGAAUGAGGCAAGUUUCCGUCAGCUAAGUUGUAGCAAAGUGUAGUUUUAUUGGAGCUCGGCACAGAAAGCUAUUAUUUACACAUGACUGGAUUCGCUGGGAGAAUAAAAGGGGUUGUGAACUGGAAACAACACAAGCCGUCUCGGCCAUCAAAACCAUUUGUGGUGGAAAUAUUGAGGGAGCCCCACGAAUUCGUUUCUCUUGAAGAUUUAAAGGUCUUUUCAUGUCACUUGGCACAGCGUUUGAAGACAAAAUCACAAGAGGGUCCUAUCGUCAGCGCCGCUCACUUUAUGAGUAAUUAACCUCUUUUUACAGAUUCAGUAGAAAAAUGACUCAAAACCCUGGACUUGAGGUCUGAAUAACUCAGAUUGUGGUACUGGCAAAGAUUGAUUACCUCUUUAAACAGAUUUUUUAAUUCAAGUACAAAUCAAAUCCAAAGUUUCAUCUGCACAGCACUGUGUGUGUCACAAUCAGCCAAUCAGGGACCAGGAUCUCUGACUAGAUUGUUUCAGAAUUAAUCCAUCAAACAAAUAAGUUCCUUUCAUCUUGAAGAAAAAAGCUGAAACUUUUACAGCACAUUAAAAAAAAUUGCAUCAUUGGGGCGCACUGAUGGCCGAGUGGGUAAGCGUGCCCCACGGUCGCAGGUUCGAGUUCGGCCCCGACCAUAUGCUACCAUUUCACCCUGUACUAUCAAUAAAUCACCCCAAAAAAUACUUGAAAAAAAAUUCAUCACCAUGCUGUUAUUUUUAGCAAAUUUAAAACAUGCGUGUUGUAAGUAAAUCAAAAGAAAAUUCUGUAUUUUUUCAGGUUUCUGUGUCGAAGCCUCAGUGUAAUUUACUACCUACUGUCAGAGUGACAUCUACGUGAUACAGACGAACAGGUGACACUCUGGGAAUCAUAAUGGACCAAUAAAUGAUGGUUUUUAUGUCUUCAACAUAAACGACACAAGGAAAAAGAAGUGUUGAGUGGAAGUCUUUUACUUGGCAGUAACCGCCGGCAACACCCGGAUAACUAAUGAAUUGCACAUUAUUCCCAAAUGAUGGGAAACAAAGACUGAUGAGUUAAAUGUUCACAGCCUCAGAACACAUUAAGCUAAUAUUUUUCAUAUUUAGAUGAGCUCAUUUACUUAUUUUUUGUCUCAGUAGGGCAAAUGUUAAAGGUUUAGUCCCAGAUUUUCUUGUUUGCUUCACUGGCUCACAUUUGAGGCAUCAGAAUUACUUUCAGUCUGUUUCAUAACCAGCUAAAAAUCCCUUAUUGGAGCUUUAUAUUCACAAAAUAAUAGUCGACAGCUUGCGUGCAGAUGGAGCAGCUAUAAGGACUCCUUACUGCAGACUGACAUCUUCUUACAUGGGUUCAGAAUCCCAGAACAAUAUGUCCUCUUCACCUCUUCUCUCUCCUGGCUUUUCUGCCGAAAUAAAAAAAUCUAUGACUCUAAAAUGUUCUUCCAUUCGGUUCAAAAAAGACAGAUUAGUCCUCACACAAGUCAAACCUCCUCUGGGUAAAAAGAGACGUAGCUCCAGGAUCAAUAGGGAUGAAUGCUCAGCAGAGAUGAGGGGGAGAUUAAAGAUGGGGAUAGUAAUAGGAGAGCAAAUGAAGGUGUAGAUGAUGUUAAAAACAAGAAGAAAGACAUGUAGGAGGGGAGAGAUGGAUUUCUUCUCAGCUAAAGAUACACAGAUAGAUGUAUGGAUUGAUCUCUUAAGGAGGAGGAGGAGGAUAUAUACAGUAAAUGCAACAGGGACUCAGAGAUAUGCAGAGCGCAGCAGCAGCUGAUAGAGAUACAGAGUCUGUCUGCAGAGAGGUGGGAUGACCCGAUGUUCCUGUUAGGAUGACUCAUGUCACAUCGAUCUUUCUGUUCAUCGGCAAGCUAGAGCACAAGUGUGUGGGUGAGAGUGUGAGUUUGUAUGUCUGUCAGCAUGUUUGGAGCCGACUGUUAUAGGUGCACUGCAGGAGGGAAAAAAAAAGAGAGAAGUGAUGGGGAGAUAUAGUAUAUGUCAGGAUGCACAUGCAAACUCAGCAGGUGUUUACACGCCCUGAGGCCCGCAGGAAAAACAGGACCUUAUGACAUCACUAAUGGACUUAACUGUAGGAGUAAGAGGAUGAAGACUGUGCCAGCGAGACUGAUUUACAAAGACGCACAAACAGAGGUGGGAGAGAGAGAGAGAGAGCGAGAAGGUGGUGCAGACUCGCGUGGUAAAGAGGCAAACAUGGUUGAAAACGGUCUCUCUCAGUGAAACAGUGAAACAGUGAAACAGCACCCUUCUCUAUCUGCCCCUGACAGCAAGCAUGCACUCGAUUUGAUGUUCAUUAGAUGUUAUUACAUCCUGGCUCUUCUUCUGGACAAUACUACAAGCUUGGAGGGUAGAGGUUAUAAGUGGGUGACUGAGAUCUCUUUCCCCCAGUUCAAGCUUUUCAUUCCAGUUAUGCUCUUAUUUUUGUAUGAUUUUAGAACCUUCUGCAGUCAGUCUUAUCUUUUUGCUGAUCCUGUCCUUUAAAAUCUUGGUGUUAUAUUUUCCACCUCACCUCUUUAUAACUUUUGAGCUUGUCAAUCCCAGUGAAACCAUCUUAAAGGCUUUUUUAAGCAGCUUCUUCAGGACGAGCAGCGAUCACAGACAUUAAAAAUCUGUGUAAAAUAAUAUCUGUCGUUUUUCCGUUGUUUCUUUUUGUAUUUAUUUUGGUCUAUUUGAUAAAAAAAAACACCUCUAAUAAACCACAAGUAUAACAGCUCCACAGAUCUGUGUAUUAUAUUUCCACACAGUGAAUUUCGGUGAUUUGCUGGUUUAACCGACAGCAGGGGUAACUUCAAGCUUUCUCAACAAACCCUCUCCUCUGCUUCUUAUAGAUCUGCUCCCAGCUGAGUGAACGACUGGAGAAACAACAGACGGCAAACAGAGGCGAGCUGGAGAAAAUCAGGGUGAGUUUUACACUAAAAAAAAUCAAAAAGUGUGAUAUUUCCACUGUGUGUUCUCAUGCAUACAGUAUUUUUAUAUUUUUACAGCAGCUUUAAGGAUUCUGGGUAUUUUCCAGACCCUCUAUGACAUUUUUGGUUUGGUGGUUCCUUUUUUAAAUUUAAUCCCUCUGUUUGCUGGCUGAAGGAAUUGCUGGCAAAAUCCUGUUUUUUAGCACUUUUCGGUUCCUGAGUUUGCGGAUAUGUUUGGUACUCAUUGUCUUGACUUGGAUCAGGCCCAAAGAUCCUUUGGAAGAAUGGGGAGUUGGUCCGUGGAGCCGCAGCCUGGCAUCACAGCCCCGGCUCUUGUACACUUGGCUCAUGAACUGUUUGUUUAGACUGUAACUGGGAGAGAGGCCACUUUGGCAGAGAACUCUCUCAGGACUGCCCAAGGACUCACAAAAGGACACAUAAAGGUUCUCUGCAGCGAGGACAGGUCCUGUUAAAGAUGCAGCGGCGGGUUUGUGUGUGUUUGAAGUGUGUCUUUACUUCUGUCUUUGUAUUUGAACCUGAGCUUCUUUAGUCGUCCCUCAUUCUCUUUCAACAGAGACUAAACUGUCAGUGCAACUAAGUGAUUUAGAGGGGAAAAAGGACUGCGGCGAGUGAUGUAACAUAUAAUUGUAAGUUACAAGAGAGUUAAUGAAAGAUGUUGAAAUAAUACGCUGACAUAUUUAUCGGCUAAAACUUGAUUUGAAGUGACAACGGACACGAUUUCACCGCUUUAUUAACACUCCCAUCCGGUUCUGCUGCGACGAGACUGAAACAAUCUAAGACUUCUGCUCAGCGUCGACACUUCAGUCCAAAUUAAACGUCAAAUUAUCGUAAAAUAUUCAUUCAGAGGAUCAUCUCGACUUACUUACUUGGCUACACAACCCUGACUCUGAGCUGAAGACAGUGCUGCUUUUUACCGCAAUCUCAGGCGGUAAUCUGUCUGCAGCCGUCUCAAAGGGCUCAACCCAGUAAAAGUACCUGAAUGGGGUGUUGUGUAGCAGCCCUGUCUGUACCCAAUAAUAAAUGCUCUGUGCCCAUUAAUAGCUCAUCACACAUUAGGGCACUAAAAAGGAGCUCUUUGACUAAAACCAAGAGAAGAGGGGAAGAAUAGGCGGCCUGUGUACGACACUAAUGAGCUGCAAUGCUUCAGUAAAACCAAACAGAACGCCAUCUCUGCUCAAAACGUUGAAAAAAAGUCUCCUCUGAAGAGAAUGGGAACAUUCAGAAGGACAUUAAUGUAUUUGCAUCGACUUCAGACAUUAGUCAUUCUCUGCACCAACAGUUGGCACCUUCCGCUGGCACAUUUUAUUCUUGGACCGUCUUUGUUAUAUUUUCGAAUCACAUGCAGACUGAUAAUAGACUUAAAACAGUCUGAAAAUAGUUUCAGCUGAAGAAGAAAAUCAAGGUGCUCACAAACUUUUCAUUCUCCUCUGAACGGGUCACCUUAAAAACUUUCAAACAGAUCCGCUGCUUUGAUUUCGUUUCAUGGGUUUUGAGGUCAAAAGAGUCGGUUUUUUUUCUAUUUUCUUAUUUGCACGUCUUACCUCUUCAGCAGAGGGAAGCUGGUAAUAAAAGCUGUUUGGUGUUUUUUUAUUAUGAGUUUGAUUUCAAAACAGGAAACGGCAUGAAUGUGGAGGUCAGCAAAAACAAUAUUAUUAGAUCAAAAGUGUGAAGCACGGAUUGGAGAGCAGAAAUGUUGCUUUUUCCUGUAAUGACACCUCUCAGGCUGGACACAUCUAUUUUCUAACAUCAGUGUGUGAUGGAACAACAGCAACAGUACAGGCCUCCUCACAUUGUUCUGCUUCCUCAUAUAAAGACAUUUAUCAUCACCUUUUUUUCUUUCCUAUCUCGUUCCAGUCCAAAGUGGAGGGCUGUGAGAAGUGCAGCAGUCUUUUCAACAAAGAGGGACGUGUGCGGGCCGCUGUGACCUCCACGCCCGCCGGUGGGAGCGAGGAGACCGAUGAGGAGAAGGAGGGUUUGAAGAAUCAGCUGAGGGAGAUGGAGCUGGAGCUAGCUCAGACCAAACUGCAGCUGGUGGAAGCCGAGUGCAAAAUCCAGGUAUGCGUCAAUGUCAUUUCCUCUGUGGUCAAAAACACUGACACUUUUUCAUCUCAAUGUGUUUUUAAAAGACACAGUCUGCUAGGGCUGGGCAAUAUGGCCUCAAAUCUAUAUCACGAUAUAUUGAGCAGUUCACCUCGAUAACGAUAAAUGGACGAUAACUACUCCACAAGCUGCUCACCCCCUCACACAUUAACUUUGUCUACUUCAGCCGCCGCUCCAGCUGCUCCAACUUUUGAACCGUCCUCCAUCUCCUCACCUGUCUUUAACGCACAGAUGGUUCCGAUUUUAAUGCUAUUAUUGGAAUAUGUUGUGAUCUUUGUGCACAACCCACCUUUGUCACGUGAGGUUUGAGUAUAUGGAACUUUAUGUGAGUGUCUAUUUGUGGAAAAGGUUGUUUGUCUUACCAGUGGGUCCAACCUUAGACACACCAAGUCCAUCUGUGCUUAUUUGAGACAGUGUGAAGGACGCGCGCUGCAGCGCUUACAGUGACACUUGUUGAGGAGCUGCUUUCUGUCACCAUCGUGUGGCAUUACUGUCUUCAGACAUCUCUUGAUCUCUUUGACUACGCCACGAAAAUUGUAGUAUGCCUCGCCCGUGGCGGAUUUAAAGGUGAGGAGAGGAGCUGAUGUGAUUGGUCAAUACGGGUUAAACCCACUCCACGCCCUCUCUCCUCCCUUCCUACGACUUAAGCCGCUGGGAGGAGCUAAGUUAGGGAGGUGGGAUACUUACGCCGGGCUGUGCCACUCACCAAAAUACCAAAUUGUGCUUGGGAACGCCUUGUCGGCGCGGCGGACCUGACUUACUCCGCGCCUGCGCCACGUUGCCGGCGAAGCAUGAAAAUAGAGCCCAGUGUCUUAAAAGGGACAUGAGACCGUAGCCUACCUACACACAUUUAAAACCAACUUUUAUUUAUUUUUUUGACACCGAAAAUACUGAUAUGUGCAAAAUGACGUUGGUAAUUGUUGUAAAUUUCAGUAUCGGUAAAUUUUCAGUUUAUCGCCCAGCCCUACAGUCUCCUUUUAUUUUACAAUUGAUUGAAUAAAGAAGGUCUAAAGCUUAAAAAACUAGACCCACAGUCACAUCAUAGUGAGUCUGAAUGACUUCAUCACCUUUUUACCCUUUAAAUAAAUGGCCGUUGUAAAAAGGUUAUGAAUAUGAAAUCAUAGUUGCAGUCAUUGAGGUUUGGGGCAGCUGUUUGAUAAGGUCUCUCCAGCGUGUGGGUCACCUGCGGUUAGUAAAGACCAUUUUUUACUCCCGCCUUCAGGAGCACAGCUAGAGCAGCAGAGGCUUCACAAAUCCCUGUUGAAAUGUUGCUAUUAACAAGAUGACUUAAAGCCAUUUGGAGCUUUAUUGGUGAGCCUGACUAAAUUACUAACUGAUUGAUGGCACUGCAGGUUCUGAAACAACAUUACGGUGCAGUGGAGCCAGAGGAGCAGUCAUAAUAGAGUGCAGCCUUUCUGCUGUUUGGAUGUUUUCACAGUGCAGAAACGGUCUCCGUUUUAUCGUUUAUUGGCAGACUUGUUUCAGCCCCCUGUUGUUCCAGACAGAUGAGUGACAGAUCUUUUAUUCCCCCUCUUCCAUCAGGACCUGGAGCACCAUCUGGGUCUGGCUCUGAAUGAAGUCCAGGCCGCCAAGAAGACCUGGUUCAACCGAACGCUCAGCUCGAUCAAGACAGUCACCGGGACCCAGGGAAAAGAGACCACCUAA